GCUCCUCCAUCUGCACAGCGGAGCUGGUCGGACCAGCCAGGAUGUGGAGAGCAGUGCUGCUUCAACUCUUUCUCAUCUUCAUAUGCUGUGUUAGAUGGUGCCACUCUGAAGGUAAGUGGUGGGUUUUUUUUUUUAAUUUUUUUUUUUACUCUUAACUUUUUUUUCUGCUGAAACAGGCUGUCAGCUGAGUGAUUCAUUGAGGACCUGCAGAGUUGUUGUGCUUCUAGUGGCUCACACAGUUCACUUGCUGCUCAUCAAAACAAACCACUCAACAACUGAUUUGGACAUUUCCCAAAUUAAAAAGCUUCUGUAUUUCACUUUAGCUUAGACAAAGGUGUAUACAAUUACAAUAAGAUGAGAAAUAGAAAGGUUAACACAUGUUCUAAGUUUGUUUAUGAUUCUCAAAAGCCAGUGCUAAAACAGAAAUACACAAACAUCAAAUGUUUUUAUGUGUCCAAUUGGUAAAGUAAUUCCUGUGCUAGAGCUAAUUGUUUUACCACAUAGUAUUACUUUAAAGGUUGAGCACAAAGCCUUCCUCAGACAGAUUGGAAGUUCUCUUGAGGAACUUUUGCCUGAGCUUUACUGUUGCUAGGUAACAGAAAAGAGCAUGUGACUUACAGACAAUCUGUGAGGACUGAGAGCUACUGGUACAAAUCUCAUUCAGUGGAGCAGAUUUUACGCUGCAAAACACUGACUCAAACUUGACUCAGGCUCGAGGGAGAACUUUAUUUUCUGACUGAAGACAGUCAGAUAGAUCCAGACGCUGCUUUUUUAUACACCAUAGUCUUGUGUUUGUCUGUUGUGUAUGUAGCCUAGCUAGAUCCUACUUCUCAAAUUGUAAUCUGCUUUCUUUUUGCUCAACCCUUAGUAUGUAAGCUCCUUAGUGUGAAUCAAGCAACUAAUUACACUGCAGCUGCUGCAGAAUGGAGCCAUUUCUACCUUUAGGGGCAGUUUGAAGCAAAGAUAAAAGUGCACCAAGAGUGAAGUCAUGGCUGAAGCUGUCAUUCAUUUAUUUUGACAUUAAAAGAAAGAGGACAAUCAAUACCAAAGGUGUAUUUCAGACAGGUGUAUAAUUGUUGGUACUGAAACUGGGGUGUUAAAAAAAAUCACUCAGCUUUGCCCUCACUGAACUGCAGUCACUUGUUGUAGCUGACAUCUGCUGUUGACAACUGAGGUGAACAAAAUGAUGAUUUGACUAAAACAGCACGCUCUCGUUGGACCUGUCAGCAUGUUUACGUUGAUCAUUAGCCUGGAUUUGUUGUGAUUAACGGACGGGGAGGACGACUGCUUAAACACAGUUAAUGGAGUAAAGUGUCUUUAGUCUGAUUUUAGUGGGGUGUUGAGUCAAGUGCUUCGUAAAGGUUUUAAGUUUGUCUGAGUGAGAUUGAUUGUAAUUAAAGAUUUAUUUAUGUGCCUUUGUUACAAUAUGCUUUUUCUUUUACUUGACCUGAAAAUCAUUUAGCCUGAUCAUUUCUUCUCCCUGUAACACAUUAUCCAGACUCUCUAGCUUGAUGCUUCUGCAGAAUGCUUACACCAGCAUUAAUAGCUAAUGUGACAACCUGAGGUGACUUCUUGCUGCUGUUUAGUUAACUAUCUUCUGCCAUUUUUGCUUGUUAAGACAUGUUUUGACUGUAAAUCUAGUUGUUUUCUCUAUUAAUCAUUGGCUUGUCUAUUCUAAAUGACCAGUUGAGGGCACAAUAACAACCCUAAUGGUGUUACCAAUAAUUAUCCAGUCCUACAAACAGGGUCCAGAAUGGUAAGAACCAGCAUUAUGUUACAGUACGAGUUGUCUGUUAGUGUUUUCUUUAGGAGUGGUGCUCACAUUCUUCAAUUAUAACCCAUUUUUGUUGAAAUCUACAUUAAGAUUAUUUUUUAAAAAUCUUUCCUCAAGACGCACGAUCUUGACCAGCAAAUUCACUCUAAACCUCACGCAUGCUGGCCUCUUUUCCGGUGCUGGAGCCUAAAUCCUUGUGCAACAGUUACACUGCGUUAGAAACAGGAACACAGUUGGCACCAAUCAGGAGCAAAUCCUUUGUUUUCCUGCAGCUCUUUCUGUCUAGGUUACAGACGCUCUGGAUGGAGUGUAUGUUCCAAUAAAUAGUUGGCAAGCUGUGACUCAGACAUGCGCAGAGUCGUAUAGUUUCAUACUUUUUUUGACAUCUCUAUUUGUUGAUCUGGUACUCGCACUUUUGUGAAGGCACACACCAAAAAUCAUAUUCAGUAUUCCUCAACUCUAACCAAACCUAGGCUUUACUCCUCACUCUAUUUAUUCCCUCCUUUGGCCUCCAUGCCACUGCCAGGGUCCCCUUGUUUUUUUCACAGUUUUGUGUGUAGCUGUAAGAGCCAAAGUCACUUGUUUGGCAAUUGACUGCUUUCUGCUGCAUUGAUUUCCAUAUGAAAUAAGCAGCAGCACUCCGCUCUGACAGCAUGGACAGGUCCAGCGUCUUAUGCUGCCAGCAGCCGCUUUCUCUACUUUUCUCCACUCACAUUCAGUGAGUCCAGAGGACUUGGCCCAAAACAAGACGGCAUUGAUGAAAGCUUGAAGACAUCUUUGAGACGUGCCAUGUUACAAGAAAGAGAUGUUUCAGUGGUAGUGGACAGGUGUUUUCUUGAUGGGCUGCCUGCAGGGGGGAACUUACCUUUCACUUUUUCUGAACUUUAUCACAAGAAGAAGUAAGUCUUACUGUACUCAGCUUUCUGCUGUCCAUCUCUAAAUUGGCUUUUUAAGGGUGACACUUUCAGUUAUGAGUUAGCACCCCUGCUGGCACCUCUUUUGUGUCAUUGUAAAUUCGCAGUGGGGUCUUAAGCAUUUAGGGGGCUUCAUUCUAAUGAAAAUUCCUCUACUGCUCUUCUUUGUUGGGCAAUAGUAGGACGUCCUUAUCUUCCUGCAUGGAAAGUACGGAGCUGUCUCCUGCUGUGGGCUUAAGUUGUUAAUUAGAAAAGACAAAACUUGAAAAGAAGGGGAAGGAAAACAUUUAACUAGACCAAAUCACUAAGCGAUCAAAAACAUGAAUAACUUAACUCCAAUUAAAGAUUCUGAAGAGAAGAUUUGUGUUGUAUACUCUGGCCUUUCCCUUUUCUUUAAUGGAUUGACACAGUGAAGUCGUGGCUUUGCCAGCAUUAAGAUGUAGAAUUGAGAGGCCCAAGGAAAAAGUCACCAAAAAGACUUUCUUUUCAGACUGUAAAAAGAAACCUCACACAAGAUAGUGCUGUUGAAAAGUUCAGCUUCAGUGUGUCUGUCACCUUUCCCAGAAGUGAUACUGUCAGGAAACACUGUCAGGAAACAGUGGCUGCAUUUGAAAGCCCCUAGCAGAUUGGUUUCUCUUUGGCAUACACGGUUUUAAGUUGUCAAUCUGGGUCUAAAUGUAUAGGCAGGUAGUAUGUGUGGCUCAUUGUAGUUGCACAUUUCUGAUCUAUAGAGACAGGAAACUUAAAAUAAGAAACCUUGUGCUCCUGUAGGAACAGUAGUGAAGUAUUCCAGUAUUCAUUCAUGAGUAGUUUGAUUUUUUACCUUACAUUUUUGUCAGGAAUGACCUGUUUUUGAUAAAUGAAGCCCGUUUUUUUCACCAAGUGUUGACAGUAUGCGACACUUCUCCCUUCUGCCUCACAAUAAUAGAUGAUGCUGAAACCUCAGGGUUCACUGCCUGUCAACAAAGGCCCCCUUUGAGCAGACAGCGAGCAAUUUAAUCAUUAGUAAACUGAGCAGGAAAAACUUUAGCCUUCUGGAUAAGUGCUGAAGGGGAUGAAACAUGCAGCUUGUUUUUUUAGGAGGGGUCUAAAAUCAGUUUUCUAAUUUGCUGGUUGAUAUAUGAGGUCAAAGUCCUUGAAAGGGGAGUACACAAAGACUUUUAAUACAUCAGACAAUAAUCCUAUAGCAUGAAGAAUGGAGACGAUACACCUCUGACUCAAUAAACAGGUAAUGUUUUAUUCAAAAGGAACUUGCUGAUGUAGAUUUAAGACAAUUCACAUUCUAUUAUUUUAAAUAAAGACAACUAACCUCAAGAAAGUUGUCUGUAAUGUUUGCAAUAUCAGUGAGCUAAUUGAUUCAGAAGUUUUCUCAGAGUGGAUCAGGCAGGAAGAAGAUAGACAACCAACCCCAAGCGUGCACCACCAAUCACCACGUCUGAGCUCUUCUCACAAAGAAUUUGGGUUGAAAUGGUUUUGGUACCACCCAGUACCACUAUUUAUUCCAAUUACAUCUCAGACUGGACAGGAACAGCAUGCACCAUAAAUCAGGCUGUCAGACAGACAAUCAGAAUUGCACAUUCCUAUAUGGACAGGUCUGAUGGAGUACUCUGCCACUGAACUAUGCUGCCUGAAUCAAUCUCUCCUGGAAACCGUCAGGGAAGGUAGAGCAGUGGUGGUACCUUAUCUCUACAGAUGCCACUCAGUGAGAACAUCAAAAGGAGGCUCGUGAUGAGUGCGGGAAGGGGUUGUGUAACUGUUGGAGGGGAGAUGGCUGGCACGCUUGUCUCCGAGGCUUGUCAAUGUUGUUAACAACAUACUCCAUCAGUGGAAGGCACCCCUACCCUACCACCAUAUUUAUUGUUUUUGGGUUGUUUCUAAAUUAAGUUUAGAGUGUUGAAAAAUUUGAGGGUAGAAUAUAAAACAUCUACAUAUAAACUGCACAGGUGAGUGAAAGAAGCACCUAUGAGUUUAUAUGGAGAACCCACCUAACAUAGAUAUGAAAGUAUCUACCAUGAUCUGUCACAAAAUAAAAGUGGAUCUAGGUGUUAAGAAAUCAAUCAAUACUUUUAAAAACUUUAAUGUGUCAAGAUCUUUACAAUCCUGAAUAAGAAGAUUGACUGUGCAGUGAGGCAGAAAAACUGUCUGGACCUUACUGGACCGCUGUGCCUUGAAAUCCAGCCAAGGAGCGUACUGUAGAACUGACUAUACUGUCACGUUGGCAAGAUUGAAAAAGAAAAAAAGGAUCCAAUUGCAGAACAAAAGUGAUUUAAUGAAAAAAUAACUAAAAGAACAGAAACUUCCUUCCAAAAAUGUCCAACUAAAAAUCCAAAAGGGCAAAAACCAACAGAGGACACUGGAGACACACACGCAGACAUUCAUACAUAGCAAACAAUGAACCAAUGAAGAAACAGGGAAGACAAGGACUAUAUUUACACAGGGAAACGAGCAACGAGAGGCAGGUGAGACACUAAGACACAGGUGCAGACAAUCACAGAGGAGGGAAAGCUGAGGAAGUAUAACAAGACUAGAAACACAGGGAAUAAAUACCACAAAAUGAAACAGGAAACACUGAACACUGAUAUAAGGAAUAAAACACUGAGAACAUGAGGGAACCGGGGUCAGACACAAACUGAAAACUCACAAGACUGGACUACAGGGGAACAGAAACAAUAGGGAACAGAAACACAAGGGAAAAUCACAAAGAAAAUACACUCGAGGGAAACACAAAACCAGGGAAAAACUGAAAACCAGAACAUGACAUGGAGAAGAAGAGAGGCAGUCUGGUAGCAGUGAAUCUGGGACCAACUAAGUUACAAAGAGCUGUUAGAGUAGGAGGUAAAUAACCAAGAAACUGAAACAUAAAAGUGUCCGUUUAAAGUGAAGUGAUACCAUAUUGGGGGAGUAUGAGCAUCCCAGCUAAAUGAAGUGACAGGAAAUUGUGAUUUGUUUUAUAUGCACUCUGUGCUAUGAUAAGUGUCAUUACCACAAGAUAUAAAGGGAUAAAUCAUACAGUUAUAUCGGUUUAUUCAGUUUCUUCUUGAAGGAAAUAGAUCACAGGUGAAAUGUGAUUUCUGUGCAGGAUGUGAGUUGGGGCAGUUCCGCUGUGGGACAGGACGAUGUAUACCAGGUGGAUGGCACUGUGACGGCACAUCAGACUGUGUGGAUGACUCUGAUGAGCACAACUGCCGUAAGUUACUCCUAAUGUCACGCUGAGAUAGUUGGGACCUUUUUUAAUGAAGAACUCAAAAUGUCUGAGCACAGUCUGAGCUUCUUCACACCCUGACUUGCGCUUCAUUGAAAAUUCAUCUGGCCUGAUCUGUUGUUUCUCUCAACAUGCACCAACUCCCCCACCGCACACACACACCACAAAAGGGCUGGGCAAUAAACCGAAAAUUUACUGAUACCAUAAUUUAUGAGAAUAACCAAUGUCAUUUUGCCCAUAUCAGUGUAUUUGGUGUCAAAUAGAUAAAUAAAUAAAAGUUGGUUUUGGACGUGCGUAGGUAGGUUAUGGUCUCAUGUCCUUUUAAGAUGAUGUCCUACGUCACAGACAUGACUUCAUCCCAUCCAGUCUGUAACAAAGAGGGAAAAGACAGGUGAGGAGAUGGAGGACAGUUCCAAAGUUGUAGUGGCUGGAGCAGAGGCUAAAGUAGAGGAAGUUAAGGGGGUGGGCAGCUUAUGGAGUAGUUAUCGUCCAUUUAUCGUUAUCAAGAUGAACUGCUCAAUAUAUACUGAAAUUGAUUAGAGGCCAUAUCGCCCAGCCCUACACUGCAAUGCACCAAAACCCCUGCUUUUCCACAUCCACAACAUUCACAAAGCUGCACGGGCCUGUUCAGUGCUGCUUUCAACCCUAAUAGACAAUUUGAAUCUUUGUUUUUUUAUAUAAUUCUGGAUCUGAAAGUAAUAACUGAUUAAAGGCUCAGGGCAUCAUAAGUCUGUAGUAACACCAAGUGACUCAAAGUUGAACCAAAGUCAUAUUUGUAUAUAUAUAUAUAUAUAUAUAUAUAUAUAUAUGUGUGUGUGUGUGUGUGUGUGUGUGUGUGUGUGUGUGUAUAUAUAUAUAUAUAUAUAUAUAUAUAUAUAUAUUUUAUGUUUACAGAUGACUGCUGUCAAUAACAAACUGCUCUAUAUUUCCACAGCUCAGGUAACGUGUGACAACCAUCACUUCCAGUGUUUGAGCGAUGGAGAGUGCAUUCCUGAGUCUUGGGUGUGUGAUGAUGAGGAGGACUGUGAAGAUGGCUCAGAUGAGAGGCAACACUGCCGUAAGUUUACGUUGAACUAAUUUAUUAGUUCGUUUGAGCCUCUGGUGCAUUUAAUUGCGGGGAAAGUGAAGCAAAUAGAAAAGACGGACUUUAUUCCGGUUGUGGUUUGCAUGUUUAAUCUCGUAAAAUGUUAAAGAUAUACCUCAACUACUGUAUUGACACUUGAGUGUGUCAUGCUACUUAAGUUAAAACAAAAAUUUCCAAUCAAGGAGAGCUAUCGUAAUGGCUUAAACAUGCUUUGAAUCAAGUUUUGUGACUUUGAGUAUUAAGAUCUUUACUGUUGAGUUGCCAAAGGUUUUGAGGGAAGAGAAUUAGAUCAGAUCCAGGAGCUUACAUCUACAGUGCAGAAAUAUCACAUGCAUACUGUAUCAGAAACACUGUUAGUGAAUGAAACCUUUCUUCACAACGCUCACUCAUUCUCCAAUCUUUCUCCAGCUGGAAGGACAUGCACCAGUGGCCAGUUCAGCUGCAGUACCGGGGCAUGCAUCCCUGGAGAAUACCGAUGUGACCGUGUGGCUGACUGCUCGGAUGGGUCUGAUGAGAGGGCCUGCCGUAAGUCUUCUUCAGGGUGGUUUCCUUUUUUUUUUUGAUCUCGGGCUCCUGUGGCAUUUUAAUCAAUUUGUUAAGAUUAAGAGGCUCGUUGACUGACAGAAUAGGCCACAAUAUGCUUCUUGUUGUCAGAGGUUGAUUGCAGAUUCCUUGGUGGAUUAGUCAAGCUGAAGUUCAGCUGCUAUGCCAUUAUUGUGCCGACAUGGUAGACUCACAGCGCUACACACUGUGGUAAUCUCACAAUUGCAUAAAGAAUGCUGUGACGACUGCUGUUGUUAUGGUGGGGGCAUUAAGUUUUUGUCUCUUAUCCUGCCAUUCGCCAAGCUUUUUCACGUUUUCGAGGCUCAAAGGAACACAGCUGUCAGGUUGAUUAGAAUGAAUAGCAUUGCCCUGAUGAUGACUUAAUCUUUCAGAUUAUCCUGAGUGUACAGAGCUGAGGUGUGCUAAUGGGGCGUGCUACAACCGGACCCAGCGAUGUGACCAUGUACUUGACUGCCGGGAUGGGUCUGAUGAAGCGAAUUGCAGUAAGAAGCCAGUAAAUUUGAGUAGUUAAUGAUACAAUAGGGAGUUGUUGUUUAGCUCUCUAAGAACUGCAGCGAAAUAACAAGAAAGCAAAACCAUCAACAGCCAAAAUCUGUGUCCAUCAAACCUUCUUUUCUCUUCCUGUUGUGUUUUCUUUAGCACAGCAUUGCAAUACGGGCCUGUUUCAGUGCCACAACGGGGUGUGUGUUCCUCAACGCUACGUCUGUGACCACGAUGAUGAUUGUGGAGACAGAAGUGACGAGCUAAACUGCAGUAUGUAGUCUUUGCCUGUCUUCUUAUUCUUCACUAAAUAGCUCUAACUUUUAUGUCUGCUAAUAUUCACCAUUUUUCUUGCAGCGUAUCCCACAUGUAGAGGGAAUUACUUCACAUGCCCUAGUGGCCGCUGUAUCCACCAAGUCUGGGUUUGUGAUGGAGAGGAUGACUGUGAGGACAAUGCAGAUGAAAAAGGCUGUGGUAGGAAUUAAACUUUAUCAACAAUUUGCUGUGAAUCUACUUCUCUUUUCUUUUAGGAACUCAAAAACUUAGAAAUUGAGCUGGCUAGGAAACACAAGAAGUGGUUAACAGCUCAAGCUCUCUGUGUGAUCCUGAUUCAUGUCCAGUCUCCAUGGUUGGUUCGUGCUAGCAAGACGCUAUGCCUGUGCUCCUUUAAGUGUGUUGUUCAAAUGGCUCUUUGUGGCACAAGAUUGCGCAGCCCCCCCAAAGGGCUUUAGAAUUCCUACACACGGCUGUGAAGAGUGUGUGUUUUUAGAGGAUGGGCUGCAGAAGUCCUCUGAGCCCCCAUGUGACCCCCUCAAAGCUCCACUCCCCUGCAUUGAUUUAAAGUGACAGUCAUUUCCCUGACAAUAAAGUCUUAGUCACAAUUCUCUUUAGAUUGGCACUGCAUACCUCUGGAGACUCUCUGUUCUUGGUACAGCCUCACACACUGAAUGUCUUUAAAUGAACUCAAAUAAAACUUUCUGAUGUUGUUUCCCCGUUUUAGUACAGAAUACAAAUGUCAAAACUGUUUUGUCUUCAGAUAAUGUACCAAGGGAGUGUUAUCCGGGAGAAUGGCCCUGUCCGUCCUCUGGCCUGUGUAUCCCCAUGGAUCAGCUGUGUGAUGGGACACCUCACUGUCCCGAGGGAGAGGAUGAAACCAACACCACUGCUGGACACAAUUGCAGUAAAUACCUACAUAGCUGCUAUCAAGCUGGCAUCAGAAAAUUCAUGUUUAAUGUUGAAUUCAGCAACUCCCCAAUCUGGUGUCUGUGUUUUUCAGGCAUCUUGAGAUGUGCCUCUCUGAGCUGUGAGCAUCGCUGUCAUGCUUCCCCGGACGGAGGGGUCUGUUCCUGUCCGUCUGGAUACAUCGUCAGCAGCAACAACAGCCGCUCAUGUAUAGGUUGGUUAAGCCAUGUUUUCCCUGUGAUGGAGACUUUGGGAGAUUCGAAGGAUGGGUUUGAAUGUUCAGUGUGUGCCCAUUUGAAAUUAAAGCAUCUACUUAGAGUUAGAUUAGAUCAGAAAGCACAGACAUUCAAUCACAAGAUACUGUGAGAAAGACGCAAAACAAGACGCAAAUGAAGUGAAAAUAACAACGAUUUUAUUGUUCCAGCGAGAGCCCAAACAUUUCUUCUGUAAAGUUUGUGGGCAGGGAAACAGGGAGGUAAUAAAUCAAGAAAUGACCUUUUUUUUCUGGACAUGUCUUUAGGGGAAAUUCUGAUCUGAGCACACUCGCUUUUAAAGUUACUGUCAUGACUUUGACAUUGUUAGCUUACUGUUAUUUACACCUGAGAGCCCAAAAGGUUGGCAUUAUCAUUAUUUUUAAUUACAUCUCAUUUUUAGUAUUUUCCUGUUGUCUUUCAGAAGUGUCAGAAUUAUAAUUCGGCUUGAGUGAAACUAAUCAGUGUGUAAUCCUCGUCUUCUGCGGUUUUGAUUUCAUGCUGAAGACUUUGACGACUGUUCCAUGUGGGGCGUGUGUGACCAGCUGUGUGAAGACCGCAUAGGAUCCCAUCGCUGCAGCUGUCGAGAGGGUUACGUCCUGGAGCAGCACAGAUACUGCAGAGCUGACAUCUCAAGUGAGGGUCAUUUCCUACUUCUUCAUUUCUAAAGAUUGUCUUACAUAUGUCCUGCCCGGAUGUCGAAUGUGUGAAUGAUUGAACCGAAUGAGGUUCAUUAGCAUGGCCUUCUUUCCUGUUUGCCAGGCACCGCGGCUGCUUUACUGACCGUCUGCGCUCCUUUCUUGUGCAUUGUUGCGUACCAAAGGUUGUUUUAGUUAAUCUCUCUCUUUUGUGGAACCUAGAAAGAGUGUUGACUGAGAGGCUGACCUCUCUGCCUUUAGCUUUGGUGAAAAGAGUGUGUAAUAAUAGUGGCUGGAAAGAGCGCUUCCUUCAUUAGUCUGAGUCAGGGGUUUUCUUUCUGUAAAUUUCCACCGGUAUUUCAGCUCAACAAAACUGACUAAACUUUUCAGACACCUCAUGCUGUUUGGUCACUAGUUGUUGUUUGUAUCCUCUGCAGCUGGAGCCCCAUCCUUGAUAUUUUCCAAUGGCAGAGACCUGCUCAUCGGUGACAUCCAUGGCAACAGUAUGCGCACGUUGGUCCAGUCACGUAACAGAGGGGUCGCAGUGGGAGUGGACUUCCAUUACAGCCUCAACAGGAUCUUUUGGACUGAUACCAUUCAGAAUAAGGUAUAAUUUUGGAUUUAAUUUCUACAGUCAACGCUCCAAUGAAAUCCAAUCAAAUGUUUCGUUUUGCUGGGGUAAGGGCAGAUUAGAAAUACUACGCUAGAGCUCGCCCAAGUGAAUUUCUUUUUGUUAUCCUUUAAAAUAUCAGCUCUGUUGAUACUAUAAUAAUGGGAUGGCUGUUGGCUCCUUUGCGGCUGGGUAAUAAUGAAGGGAAGUAGACGAGGAAUGGAAUCCAAAUGGUCUAAUCUUGAAACCCCUCUGAUAGGCAGGUAUGAUGUUCACAUACCACGGUGCAAUUUUUGUAACUUGAUCAUGUUGGAGGUAAUCAUGCUGGAUUUGUUUUCAGUGCUACUGUCCAUCUUUAUGCAUUCUUUGGCCGGCAAGAAAGUCUUUGUUCACCCCUUCAAUGUUUUGAACUAUAGCCACUGGGCCAAAGGCUUAGACUUUUCUAAGACUGAGCAGCCGAUUAAAAGUAGGGAAGGCACAAACAGGGCAUGUGAAUGCAACCAGAAAGGUUAAACUACCAGGCUAUUUCCACAUCUUCGGUUUCUCUUUAAACAGGUCAGAUGAAAAUGGAUCUUGUCUCUUAAGAAGCAAUGCUGCUCAGAGCAGGAACCCCCUAAACAGCUGCCUGGAGACAGGGCUUCCAGUCUAAGAGUUUGGUGUUACAGCAGUACUGAGGGAGUGUCAGGCUCUGAAAACCAAUUUACUGGCUUUCUUACUAAAUGUUUUCAUUUAGUUUGUUAUCUACUUACAUCUUUCUUACUUAGUCUCUAUCUUUAAAUUUGCUCAUGUGGAAGCAAGUACCUUUAAUAUACCGUCAUUGUUUUCACUUUUACUUUUAAGCUUUAAAAAUGACAGAUUUGGUCGGACUUAGACUAAAGCCCAAAAUAUUCAAGAGCUGAUCUGAAUCUGUAAGAGGACUUUUGAUUUAAUAGCUCAUGCUUUAAAGCCAUGUAUUAUUGGAUCUAGCUGUGAUUCUGGUAGACUUGUCUUCAGUACGCUCCACUAUGGUAGUGAUCAUCUUUGGCUAAUGUCGUGUCAACAAUGGUGUCUUUUGUGUGCAGGUGUUUUCUGUUGAUAUGGACGGCUCCAACAUGCAGGUGGUUUUAAAUGUAUCAGUUGACUACCCUGAAAACUUAGCGGUGGACUGGGUGAACAAUAAACUGUAUGUGGUGGAGGCCAGCGUCAACAGGAUUGACAUGGUGGACUUUGAUGGGAGUAACCGGGUCACACUCAUCACUGAAAACCUGGGAAACCCUAGAGGGCUGGCGGUGGACCCCACUGUCGGGUAAGCACAUCUCCCAAUCUACAUUCAUUCAUCCAUCCACCUGUUCCCAAACCCCACAUACAGUAAGUGUCGUGCUCCAGUGGAGUGGAAUAAUGGGGUGUGUGUGUGAGAUUAGCAGAUUGUCCUGGGUGGAUUAGUGAGGAGCAAUGUAAGUGAUGACCCUCAUUGUAAUCCAAUAGUAUAGCUCAAGGGGGGAGGAGAGCCAUGUGGCUGUAGCAAAUUUUCUUUUCGUAUAAAUUAAUGUAAAGCUCUCUGCUGAGAUUCACAAUCGCCCAUUUGGGCUCAAAAUGUAACUUUGCAGAUACUAAGAGUAAUUAAAAGGAGAGAAGUGUCCUCUCUAAACUUGUGGGUCUCUGUGUUGAUAACCAUAGACCGUAGAAAACAUGAAUGUCAUCUCAGUGACAUUGGUUUCUGAAGAGUAAUGCCACUAAGUUCUGACCCAAUCUAACUGUCAGUCAGCUCAGAGACACACAAAAAAGGCGGAGUCAAGGCGAGUCUUAAGCCUCCUGUCAAACAGCCACAUGGUGGGUCCUAUAAAUCAGGCCCCUGAUUAUGCAAAUCUAUGCCGAACCCUUAGCCUUGAUAUCCUCAUAUCAGUUGAACUGAUGAAUAAUUCACCCUCAGUCAAAUUUAUAUGAAUUAAUUAGGACCAAAACCGCUCUUUGCACUCGGCUGAGAAUUGUUUGGUAAAACUGUAAGACCAGGCAUUUUCACAUGGAUACUUUAACAUGCUACAGGGUGUUUAGAUAACAAGCCACAGCAGAAUUUUGCUCUUUUUUCUUACCCAAGCUUUCCACUUGGUGAAUUAAAUAUGCAGAAUUAAAUAUUUAACCUCCUUUCACAGGUAUAUGUUCUUCUCAGAUUGGGAGGCUCUGAAUGGACAGCCUGCCUUAGAACGAGCAUACAUGGAUGGAACCAACCGUUACGGGAUCGUCCGAUCAAAGCUGGGCUGGCCAGCUGGUAUCACACUGGAUAUAGAGGCCCAGCGUGUCUACUGGGUCGACAGUCGCUAUGAUUACAUUGAAACUGCAACAUAUGAUGGACUUCACAGGUAAAUAUGUUUUAUCUUUAAAACAGUAACACAGCUUUGACCAUAAACUCAUAUAAAGGCUCAUCUUAAUGAACUCUGAUGGUUAAAAAUUACAUUUGUUUUGUAAUAAAUCAGCUCUUCACAUUUUUAACAGAAAAACGGUGAUCCAUGGAGGUUCUCUGAUCCCACAUCCAUUUGGAAUCAGCCUGUUUGAGCACAAUAUAUAUUACACCGACUGGACCAAGAUGGCUGUGAUGAAAGCCAACAAGUUCACUGAAAGCAAUCCUCAGGUUGUUUACAGUACACCUCAGACUCCUCAUGGGGUUGCAGUAAUACAUCAGCUGCAGCAGCCAUAUGGUAAGCCCUUCAAUGAGCUAAGUUUGUCACCUUCAAUUGGUCCUGAUGUAACUCUCCAUUCUUAUUGUUUACUGUACGGUAUAAUAUGAGUUUACCCAGAUUUUCCAACAUGUGACUGCUAGAGUUAGUGAAGGGAAAGCCAUAAAUAGGUGCAGUUAAAGCAGCUUAAAAUCCAUAAUUCUUUACAUAUUUCCUCUCCAGUUACCGGGGUUGUUUUUGUUUUUGUUUGCAGUGUCAAACCCCUGUAGUGUUGACAGAGGUGGAUGUGAACAGAUCUGUGUUCUGAGUCACAGGAGUGAUAACGGAGGAUUAGGUUACCGGUGCAAAUGUCGCAUGGGCUAUGAUCUACAUGCUGAUGGCAAGCGGUGUUAUGGUAAGAGAGUGUCUUACCUCCCGUAACUGUUAAUGUUUGAUUUUUCCCAAACAAAUCUCUGCACAUUCCCAAGUUAAAAGUGUGUAAAAGUUUCUGUUUUCUUGUUUCUAAGUUUGUGUUCUUCUUUUUUGUAAUGAUGUAUUUGUGAGGCUUCAGCAUAAAUGAUUGUCUGGUUUGCUAUCCUUAGCUGUCAGGCAGUUCCUGCUGUUCUCUAGCCAGCUAGCCGUGAGAGGGAUCCCCUUCAAUCUGUCCUCUCAGGAAGACAUCAUCCUGCCUGUUACUGGAUCACCCUCUUACUUCGUUGGGGUGGAUUUUAGUGCUGAAGAUGAUGCUAUCUUCUUCUCAGACACAGCCAAAGACAUAAUCUACAAACAAAAAGUGGAUGGGACUGGUGAGAAUUUCUCCUGUUGCUCUUGAUGAAUUUGUAGAGAAUAAUCUUAUAAAAAUGUACGUUAUAUCAUAAGAAUAGCAUAAUUAUCCAAGAUAAGUAGAGUAGGAAAAGUACUCGCAGCUAAUAUGUUUUCCGGUGUUUUCUCUGCGCUUACAUCCUUGGAUAACUUCUUUCCUCGCAGAGAGCUCUACCAUGUGAUUCAGGCAGGCUAAUACAGGGAGUUACGGGAGUGACUGAUGGGGCUGGCUGGUACUAUGGGGGAGGGAGUGGACAGGAGUAUGAACAGUGAAAAAAAAGAUCAUAUAAACAACUCAUAUCUAAAAUUAAUUACUUGAAAAUGAGUAAGAAAGACAAAUCCAGACUGUUUUCCCAAGUAGAAGCAAUAAUUAGUCUUGAAACUACUACUCAGGCUGAGAAAAGUCGAUAUGAAUGUGAUAAUCCACAAGCAGUCAGACUGCACAAAAGAAGAAACACCUCUGCUCUGAUCAGUGAUGUUGUUUUUGGAGCUGCUCUAGUUUUUUCUGUCAGGCCCACAUGGGGAAAAUAGAAGCUGACAGCCUAUUUAUUUAAAUGUGUUCCUCUUUCAUCUCCGUGUAAAACGAGGGUCUGACUGCUUUGAUCUGCACAGGCAGGGAGGUACUGGCAGCCAAUAGAGUGGAUGGAGUGGAGGACCUGGCUUACGACUGGAUUUCAAAGAACCUCUAUUGGACUGACCCGCGAUACAGGAGCAUAUCCGUCAUGAAGCUCGCUGAUAAGUCCAGGAGAGCCAUUAUUCAAAACCUCAACAACCCCAGGGCCAUUGUGGUGCAUCCACUCAUUGGGUAAAUCAAAUGAAAAGGGAUAGUAGAUGUUUUAUUCCUCUGCUUCAGUUAAAAACACAUGCUGUAUCAAGAAGCUUUCACUGUUAAGCUUUGAGAUUGAUUCAGAUUUUGCAGAAAUACAUGAUUAUGGAGGGUAAUGCUCCUUCUUCCCACAUAUGAUGAGCUGCCUAAACUAAAUAAGCAUCUUUUUUUGAUCAUGUAUGAUAAUUAAAAUACAAUGUACUCAAUCCCCUCCUGAUAGAAAAUAACCUUUAUUUUGAACUAGCUGUUAUUCCCAAUUACCUCAAAGUCAUAAGGCCUCUGUUUCCAGCAGAUGAGAUUAGCUCAGCGUGAAGGGCAGUAUUGUAGAGACCGCUAGGGAGUUACACGGCUUACACAGAAAAGCUUUACAAUGUGAAAUUGUCCAAAAUCUUAAAACAGGACGUCUAAUAUAGGCUUUUGUCACCUGAAUACUGUGUAUUUCAUGAAGUAGGCACAGUUUCUGACAGAAAAGGAUGUUGACACUCACUUAUUUUAUAUUAACAGAUAUAUAUUUUGGACUGACUGGUACCGGCCAGCGAAGAUCAUGAGGGCUUGGGGUGAUGGGUCACAUGCCCAGUCCAUAGUUAACACAACUCUUGGCUGGCCUAAUGGACUGGCUAUAGACUGGAGGUGAGUCACACAUCUUUAUAGCUACAUGGCUGUAAAAAAAAUACACAAUUUCACCUGCUUUAUUAUUUUGAUGUAACUUUGAACCGUAUAUCCUUGGACUACAGUUUCUACAGCGGUACGUUUUUCCUGUAAUUUCCUAACAGCUGUUUGUGACUGUUUGUAUUUUCCUGUUUCGUGUCUUUAUCUCCAUCCAGCGCGAUGCGUCUGUACUGGGUGGAUGCCUUCUUUGACAAAAUUGAGCACAGCAGUUUUAAUGGACAAAACAGGGUUUCUUUGGACCGCAUUGCUCAGAUCUCCCAUCCAUUUGGUCUCACCAUUUUUGAAGGUAAGAUUGUAUGAAUGUCUACCUGCCCACCAAGUUUCAGUCAAGGAAAGUCAAAUUCAUUUGAAGUAAGAAGGAGCUUGUUUGAGUGUUUUUUACCUGGACCUUAUUAGUCAUUCUUGUCUUAAUGAUGGUCAUGUCAAAAGAGAAAUUACUGAUACUAUGAGGAGAUGAAAGAUAGAGUGACUCAGGUUAUGCUCUGUUGCUCUUGUGCCUCAAAGGCCAUGCAUACUUUACUGACUGGCGUCUGGGUGGUAUUGUACGUGUGCGCAAGACUGACGGAGGGGAGAUGGUCGUAAUCAGAAGGGGAAUCAGCCACAUCAUGCAUGUCAAGUCUUUCAACUCCAACUCUCAGAUCGGUCAGUAGCUUUAUUCACAUCUUUUCUUGCAUAGCUGGGACUCCCACUUGUCAGUCAUAAUCCUGAUAAUUACUCUCCAUUCUCCUUCUCAGGUUCCAACCUCUGCAACAGGCAGACAAAUCCAAAUGGAGACUGCAGCCACUUCUGCUUUCCAGCCCCUGACUCUCAGAGGGUGUGCGGCUGUCCGUAUGGCAUGAAGCUGCUGCCCAACCAGCAGACAUGUGUGGAAGACGCUUCCAACGAGCCCCCGACGCUGCAGUGCGGUGCCAACUCCUUCUCCUGUAGCAACGGCAAAUGUGUCCCAAACAGCUACAGAUGCGAUGGUGUUGAUGACUGCCAUGACAACAGUGACGAAGUUAACUGUGGAAUUAACAGUAAAGUUUUGUUUUCUCAAUCCUGUUACUGCCAUUGCCCCGGUCUGAACCUAGUAUAACACUGUUUAGUACAAGUUAUUUGGUCUAAUUAAAUUCAUAAGAAAGUGAAACCAUCCUCUCUUUUUUCAGACACUACUUGCUCUCCCUCUGCAUUCACUUGUGCCAAUAAGCGCUGUGUGCCGGUAGGAUGGCGCUGUGACGGCCAAAAUGAUUGUUUUGAUAACAGCGAUGAGUUCAACUGCCCCACACGGGGCCCUGGAACGUGCCCUGCCAAUCAGUUUACCUGUGCCAACAACCGCUGCAUCCCACAUACUUGGCGCUGUGACACUGAUAAUGACUGUGGGGACAGUUCAGAUGAAGCCGACUGCCGUAAGUAUCCUUAAAGGGACUGUGAGAUUGGAGUUCAUGGGAUGGUUUGAUAUUUCUUCACACAAAAAGAGGGCGAACAAAACAGGGCAUUCACCAUAAUGACUGAGGAUAUUGAGCCACUGUAUAGUUAAGAUCACACAGUUUUUACAGAAAGCGUAAACCAAACCUCAUGUGUGAAAAGACUGUGACGAAUGUGCUCCUAAGAAAUGUAACACACACUUUUUACUGUUAGGAUACAUAAACCUGUGCUAAAAGCUUCAAAUAUAAGAUUAUUAGUCAUUUACAGAGAAGAGAAGGAAGGCUUAAAGGUUAGCUCGUGGUCUAACUUUGCAUUUCUUUGGUGACAGAUCUUGGAAACACUUGCCAUCCAGGGCAGUUUCAGUGUCCAGACCACCGCUGCAUUGAUCCAAACUAUGUUUGUGAUGGUGACAGGGACUGUGUGGACGGGGCAGAUGAGCAGGGAUGUGGUAAAUACCUUUCUGGAUUGCAGCUUUUUUUGGACAUGCAGUUUAUAUCUCCUUAUUAUAGGACUUUCAAUAUGUUGCUGUUCAGAUCUGUGAUCAGAUUUAAUACUGGCCUUCUUAUAACCCAGCUGUUAAUGUACUUAAGCCAGGCUAGUAACUUAAAGAUGUGGUGAAUUAGAUCUUUGCUGAAAAUGCUCUUUAAAAUUCAACAAGCAUUUGCUAAACGUCAUGCAGUUUAUUUAUAUACAAAUCCUUAGAAAUAUUGAAUUCAAGGUUUAACAUACUCCACUGGAUUUUUUCAGUGUAUAACUGCACUGCCAAUGAGUUCAAGUGCUCCAGUGGUCACCAGUGUAUCAACUCGUACUACCGCUGCGAUGGAGUCUAUGAUUGCAGUGAUCGCUCAGAUGAGCGAGGCUGUCGUAAGUAUUUGAAACAUCACUUUUAGUCAGUUGUUAUGUCGCACAUGCAUGAGUCAAUCUUCCAUGGUCUAUUAGGUCUAUUAGUUGACUGUGUUGUUUUUGUUCUUCUUUCAGCUACAAGGCCGCCUGGGAUGUGCCACCAUGAGAAUGAGUUCCAGUGUCAGUCAGAUGGAAGCUGUGUCCCGUCUACGUGGGAGUGUGACGGACAUCCAGACUGUGAGGAUGGCAGCGAUGAACACCACGCCUGCCCACCUCGCACCUGCCCCUCCUCACUCUUCCGCUGUGACAACGGGAACUGUGUGCUGCGCAGCUGGCUCUGCGACGGGGAUAAUGACUGCAGGGACAUGAGUGAUGAAAGAGACUGUCCCACGCCGCCUUUCCGAUGUCCGAGCUGGCAAUGGCAGUGCCCCGGCCACAGCGUGUGCAUCAACAUCACAUCUGUGUGUGACAACACUCCUGACUGCCCCAAUGGUGCUGACGAAUCUCCUCUCUGCAGUAAGUCUGAUCUUUGCUUUCUUUGUCAGGUUUGAACACGUUCUUUGUCCAUCUGAGAGUCUUGAUUGUUUUAUUACAUUUCUGAGUCGACUGGCCUCCCAAACUUUAAUUAAAUUUCAUACCCCAUGACAAACAGGAUCAUACUCUCGUCUGAUUUUAUUGGCAUUUACAUUCUUAAGAAGCUUGUGCUCUGUAAACAGAAAGGGCUUCUUUCAUUUUUGUGCUGGUUGUCAAAUGUUGUCUUUGGAAUUUUGUGUUGAAAUCAUGCAUGUGUGUGAUUUGAGCUGUAUUAACCUAAAAAUUAUCUGUGAUUUUCCUUUCUUGCCUUUCUCACUACUUUCAGACGAGCCUUUACCAGGUAGGAACAAACUCUCAAUCAUUGCUAGAAAUGCUGCAAGUAGAUUUGAUUCAUUCUCAAUAAAAAAGCAGACUUUUUCGAAAACUUAAUCAAAGGAAAAUGUUGUCAGUAGAGUGAGUGUGUUUACUAUUCCAACAAAUGUUGUGAAAUAGCUCUUAAAGUUAAGUAGAUGGAGCUUUCUUAUUCACAAAUGACCAAAAGAGAGUGCAUAUGAGUUAGAUUAUCUGACAGAGUGAUUUUCAUCUCCAUUUUCAUGUUUUAAUUUGUGCUUUCCCUCCAUCCUCUCAGAUCAGGAAAGCUGCUCUGACAACAAUGCUGGCUGCACCCACGGUUGCAUUCAAGGUCCGUUUGGGGCCCAGUGCACAUGUCCUAUGGGUUACCAACUUAGUAAUGACUCGAAAACAUGUGAGGAUAUAGAUGAAUGCAGCCCCCCAGGACAAUGCAGCCAGCACUGCUUUAAUGAGAGGGGCUCUUUCCGCUGCCACUGCCAAGAUGGCUACUCACUGGAGGCAGACCAGCGUACCUGCAAGACCUCAGGUGAGGAGGGAUUUGUCUUAAAUCUGCUGUGAUUGGAGCUUAAUGCUCCCCUGGACACAAACAACCUAUAAUUUCAUAAUGCAGUAAAAUAGGAUAUAAGCCAAUAAUCUGUCCCGCAGUAAUUAAAUUGUCAAGAUGAUAAGCCUAUACAGCACAUAUCUCAGUUUACUCUGCUGUGCAGGGCAGGAAUGAGUAAUGAUAAAGAGGGAGCUCGGCCCCAAGACUGCAAGGCUGACACAAUGUCUUUCUUCUCCCUUGUCUCUCCAUGCUGCUCUGAUUUCUGCAGAUAAGACAAAUAACAUAUAUGUCACUCACUGGCCAUCAUUGGCGUAAUUAGGACAUAAUCACCAACAAAGGGCUGUUUAUGGGAAGCGUGCCUGACAUGAGCUCCUCUUCCACACAGAUAACCCGCUGAAAGGCUUUGCAGUACAAUAGGUCAUUAUUUGCACAAAAGUGCAUUCCCCAUGGAUGGCUAUUCGAGCAGGGUGUUUUUAUCAGUCCUGGUGUAGAGUUUUGGUAGACAUGCAAAACUGACUAGUGAUUUUAUUAGCAUGAGAAUGGACAUGAGAAAUAAGAUGACACAGCUUUGAUGUCUGUUUGUAGAUUCUCGUCAGGCGUUCUUGCUCGUGGCCAGCCGAAAUCAGAUUGUGCAAGAUGAGAUAACUGCUCAGCCCAAUGUGGUCCGCUCUCUUGUUCGAGAUGGUCGCAACAUUGUGGCCUUGGAUUUUGAUUCAGUCGCUGAGCGUGUGUACUGGUCCGAUACAAGCCAGGACAGGAUCUGGAGCGCUAACAAAAAUGGCAGUGACAGAACUGUGGUGAGUGGAGUGUAUUCUUAUAAUCAUCACUUGCAUUUUACACUGAAACUUAUUGUAUAACCCCAAUUUGAUAUUCAGUAGGGGUGGGAAUCACUAGUGGCCCCACGAUACGAUAUUAUCAAGAUACUUGGGUCAUGAUACGAUAUUAUUGCAAUUUUUAACAGCUUGCAAUUCAGUAAGUUUGCGAUUCAAUUUAUUGCGAUUUAUACAUUUUUUCAACUGUUUAGCUAAUUUAGCAUUUGGCUUUCCUUUGUGUUUUCCUUUGUAUUAACACUGUAUUUUAUUUUCAUAUAGCUCAUCUUGCAAACCUUACAUAUAUAUUUGUUGUACUAACUUUCUCCUGCUCUAUAAUGUCCCCUCUGUCAACCUCACUGGACAAACAGUUGAUUUUAUUUUUCCAUUAUCAUAGAUUUGACUUCAUAUUAGCAAUUCAUUUGAAAAAUCCAUACUUGGUCAAUGAGACGAUACGAUGUAUCACCAGACAAAAUAUCGCGAUACUCGAUUUUUUCUCCCACCCCUAAUAUUCAGCUUCUAUUUUCCCAUGAACAUGUUAAACUCAGAGUAACUGCUUUGUGGACAGGUGUUUGACAGUGGAGUGACUGUAACAGAGAGCCUGGCUGUGGACUGGGUGGGGAGGAACCUCUACUGGACUGACUAUGUUUUGGAGACAAUUGAGGUGUCCAAACUUGAUGGCACUCACCGCACUGUGUUGCUCAGUGAAAAUGUAACCAACCCCAGAGGCCUGGUGCUGGACCCAAGAGAUAGGUUGGUUCCGUACAGGGAAACAAAUAUGCAUGACUUGCAAUGUCGUGGUCUCUGCUUGGUUUUAAACGACACACAUUUGUUUUGCAGUGCUCACCUGAUGUUUUGGACCGACUGGGGGAGAAACCCCCGCAUAGAGAAGGCCAGCAUGGAUGGGAAAUUGAGGACUGUCAUCAUAAGCGACAAACUUUACUGGCCCAAUGGUCUUACAAUCGACUACCCAAACAAUUUGUUGUACUUUGCUGAUGCCUACUUGGAUUUUAUUGACUAUUGUGAUUAUGAUGGCAACAACAGGAAGCAAGUUCUGGCAAGUGACCUGGUGAGUCUGAUUGAAGGAAAACGCAUUUUCUGAAUCAUCUCUGAAGCUCAUAUUUUUGUUGAAAUCUAAAAAGAAAGAAAACUUUUAUUUUCCUCUCAUAGAAUGUGUAAGACACUUUUUUUUCUUGUGCUACUCUCUGUGAAAAGGUACUGCAACACCCCCACGCAAUUACCAUUUUUGAGGAUUUUGUGUAUUGGACCGACAGAUACAUCAACCGUGUGAUGCGAGCCCAUAAAUGGCAUGGGGAGAACCAGACAGUGAUGCUGUUCAACCUCCCUCAGCCCAUGGGUCUAGUGGCAGCACACCCAGCCAGGCAGCCAGCAGGUAUGACAAAGAUAACCCAUGUAGCCUGCUGUAGCUGAUUUCUGAAGUAUGCUAUUUCAUACUGAUAGUAAAUGUGCAGCAUGCAAACAAAACAUUUCACAAAGAUUCUUCAGAGCCUAUGAAGUUAACUCUGUUGACUCUUUGCUGUUUUGCACGUGUGGUCUCGUAUUUCAGGUGAGAAUCACUGCUUGAGGAGUCCCUGCACUCAUAUCUGCCUGCUCUCUGCUGUGGGACCGAGGCACUACUCAUGCGCCUGCCCCUCAGGCUGGACACUGGCAGACGACCAAAUCACCUGCAACAGAGGUAUGUGUCUGUGCCAAAUGGAGGGGAACACUCGUCACUCAGUCUGAUGAAAAAGGAAGUCAGGCCAGAUGCAGCUGAUAAGUUGAUUUACUCUCCAGGCAUCAUUUAAAAAAGCAAACCUGACGUGUUUUUUGGUAUAUAUUUGAAAACUUGUCAGUGAUUGUAAGAUGAGACAUCUUUGAAAACGCCAACUAGUAUGAAAAUCAAUCCCGGUCCUUGUCAACAGUGUCCCAUUAGAACCCCUUGUAAACUUCUGUUCCAGGUCAUAAAUAUUUAGAAACAUACAAGCAUAUCUUUCAAGGUCUUAGAGGACAAGGGACCUUUAAUUCAAAGUCCUCCUUGGGUCAACAGCUUAACUCAUCUCAGGUUUCAACCUUCUCGGGCCAGGCAGAGCACAGUCUUCCCCUGAGGCCAACGAUUACCCAAGAAUGAAAAUGCCCCGCAACCAUUCAUCGAUUCUAAUCUCCGACGACAAAGCAAAUCAGAUUGUGGAAACAACUUUCACCAGUCAGUCCUCUUACUAGAUAGCACACUGAUAGAUAAGGGUUCCUGUUAUGCACCAAGUUUUACCCACUAAAAGAAGAGAUUAAAGAGCUAAAUCUAUCAUCACAAUGAAGCUUUCCCAGCUCUGUUUAAAAUGAGUGCUGCAGGGGCUUAGUUUACUGUUUACUGUAGAGGAGCAGAUUGGAUAUGUUCUCCUCGAACCUGUUCACUGACCGCUGCUUUACUUGUAGGCGAGGAUCCUUUCCUGGUGGUUGUGAGAGACAGCAUCAUCUAUGGCAUUUCACUGAACCCGGAGGACAGGAGUAAUGAUGCUAUGGUCCCUGUAGCUGGGCUUCAGAACGGCUAUGAUGUUGACUUCGAUGACAAUGAACAAACCAUCUACUGGGUGGAGCAUCCGGUAAAGUGCGGUCCAAAGACUGUGUUUUAAUUCUUAAGGUCUUAGUACACUACAUCAGUCACUUGUAACUCAUGUUGAGGCCCCUAUUUUUGGUUAAAGUAAUUAUCAAUCAUAUGAACAUUGAGCAGUGCUUAAGAUGAAUCUACCUUCCUUUAUUCACCAGGGUGAGAUCCACAGGGUCAAGUCAGAUGGUACCAAUAGGACAGAGUUUGCCCCUGCAGCCAUCCUCGGCUCCCCUGUUGGCCUGGCCUUGGACUGGAUGACAGAAAACCUGUACUACACCAAUCCAGCCACACAGUCUAUUGAGGUAAGACUUUGUCUAGGUUGUAUUUUUAUCAUCGUUGUCUUUUAUCUUAAAGAAAUAUUGAACUGACUGCAUCAGCAAUAGGAAAACAGACAAAAGGCAACAUGACUCCACAGCUACACAGUACAUGUGUUUCUCCAUUUUGACUUUGUGUUUGGACAGGUUCUGAAGCUGAGAGGGGAGGUUCAGUACCGGAAAACUCUGAUCACAAAUAACGGCUCUCCAACUGGUGCUGGGAGUCCUGUUGGCAUUGCAGUGGACCCAGCACGUGGGUAAGCCCCAUUUAACACAGUGCUGGCACAGCCCCUCAUCCCCACAGCUACUGAGCUCUAACAGCCUCCUCAUCGCCUUCUGCUCUGCCUCUAGAGAGAACUCAACUCGUGUUACUGAAUACCCUGCAGCACACUCAAAUCCCAACAGUGUGCAAACGCAGUUUACUCGAGAAAUUACAGACACAAUUCUGAGUUAUCCUUUCUAAUAUAAAAAUACUUUAAACUCUGAUUUUGUUAACAUGACUUCUUCAUGUGUAACCUCAGGUAUCACUUAAUGAGUAAUAGGUUUUCACUUCCAGCCAAGUCAAGAUUAAUGACCUAUAUUUCUGAGAAAUGUCCUUUUUGGAGAUUGAUUUUUUUUCUUCACAUAAUUCUUAUCUAGUUUUUUUAAGAAUAAUUUGAAUGCUAGAUUAUUGGAAAGUAAUAAGGACAAAGAUCCAUGACUACAUUUAGAAUAUCUGGAGCGCAAGCACUGACUCUUUUUGUUUUUAAAGAAAACUCUACUGGACUGACCAGGGAACAGAGAGCGGCAUCCCUGCCAAGGUGGCAUCUGCAGACAUGGACGGCUUAAACCCCGUCAUCUUGUUCACAAACAACCUUGAUCACAUCGAGUUUCUCACUGUGGACAUCCAGGACAACAAGCUGUACUGGGCUGUUACAAGCACGGGAACAGUGGGUGUCAUAUAUUUAGUUUCUGACAAAGAUAAAAUGAUUCGAAACAUGAAACUGAAACAAUGGUCAUUACAAAAAUCAACUAACACAUAUGACUAACUGUGGAUCUCCACAGAUUGAGCGUGGCGAUCCAGAUGGAAGUAACCGCAUCACCAUAGUGACAGGCCUGUCUCACCCCUGGGGUGUGGCCGUCCACCAAAACUACCUCUACUUCACCGACCGAGACUUUGAGGUCAUAGAGCGUGUGGACAAAUCCACAGGUGCCAACAGGCUUGUGCUGCGAGACAACGUGUCUGGGCUGAGAGUCCUGAAAGUGCAUUACCGUGAGAGUGAGUGAAACAUCAUCCUCUUCUUCCUCUCUGAAUGUUUGCUGUUUUGGUGCCAUUGUUGUUGUUUUUGCUGACUUUAUUCUGUCUCCAAACUCAGCCUCAGCAGGAACAUCCAAUGGCUGUACCAACAAUGUUGCCGUGUGUGAGCAGCUCUGCCUGCCUCGACCGCAGGGUCUCUUUGCCUGUGCAUGUGCCACAGGUUUCAAACUCAGUGCUGACAACAGGACCUGUACUCCCUACCAGUCCUACGUGGUUAUCUCCACUCUGUCUGCAGUCAAAGGCUUCAGUCUGGAAGGGGCAGAUCACUCAGAGGCCAUGGUGCCUGUAGCUGGAAGAGGUCAGUGAUCCUCAUUAAUCACAUAUAACUUUUAUCUUUUUUAGGAAUGACUUAAUCAGAGAAUAUGAAGAUAAUUUAAGAUCAGAAGAAGUCUGUGUAAUGAUAAGAGGCUGACAGAAAGAUCAUAAUCAAGGCUUUAUAAUGAGGUUAAUGUGUCUGGAGUUACAGCUCUAACCUCGACUCUCUUCUCCUCCUGCAGGCCGUAAUGCUUUACACAUUGAUGUACACAUGGCCUCAGGUUUCAUCUACUGGUGUGACUUCAGCAGCACAGUAGCAUCACAGAAUGGGGUCAGACGGAUCAAGCCAGAUGGCUCAGGAUUACGUAGUUUAGUAACAUCUGGAAUAGGGCGCAACGGGAUACGAGGGAUUGCUGUGGACUGGGUUGCAGGUAUGUCAUUGCAUUAGAUGAUGCUUAAUCACAGUCUUCUUGAAAAGUUGACGAAAGGCAACUCCCAUGGCUUGAAUUCUUUCACUUUGCUGAUGUUGCAUCUACUAUGAGUCUUUUUUUCCUAAAGAACUCCGGGUUCAGGUUUAUCUGAUAGUAAAACCCUGGACUCUAAAUCUCUGUAAAUGUGAAAAAAAAAACUAGAGGUACCAGUCUGGGUGGCUCUGGUCUCAGGCAGCAGUCCCCCUCAUAUAGUAAAAAUCUAAGGAGCUUCAUUAGAGUGCUAAAUUCAUCAAACUGAGAGGUCAGUACCUUGACACUUGUAUUGUUUCUUCAGGGAACUUGUAUUUCACCAACGCCUUCCUGACUGAGACCUAUGUGGAGGUUCUCCGUCUGAACACCACAUUUCGCAGAGUGCUACUGAAGACCCAGGUGGACAUGCCACGCCACAUUGUUGUAGACCCCAGAAACAGAUACCUGUUCUGGGCUGAUUAUGGCCAAAACCCCAAAAUUGAGCGAGCUCUCUUGGACGGAACUAAUCGCACAGUUUUAGUGUCAUCUGGGAUCAUUACACCAAGAGGUCUUGCUGUGGAUUGGCAAACUGGCUACAUCUACUGGGUGGAUGACUCCUUGGAUAUGAUUGCACGUGUCAACCCCCAAGGAGGAGAGACAGAAAUCGUCAGGUAUGGCAGCCGCUAUCCAACUCCAUAUGGGAUCACUGUGUUUGAGAGCAGCAUCAUUUGGGUGGACAGAAACCUCAAGAAGGUGUUUCAGGCGAGCAAAGAGCCUGGCAGCUCCGAGCAGCCUGCUGUCAUCAGAGACAACAUCAACAUGCUGAGAGAUGUCACCAUCUUUGAUCAGCGCACCCAGCCUCUCACUGCCCAGGAGCUGAACUACAAUCCUUGCUUGGAGGCUAAUGGAGGCUGUGCCCACUUCUGCUUUGCCCUCCCUGCAUCCAUCAUAAACAAUCGGGAGAAGAAAUGCAGCUGUGCAUUUGGGAAUCUUGCAGCAGAUAACCAGAGCUGUGUGGUGUCAAGAGAUGACUAUCUCAUCUACACGACAGAGAGCACUGUGCGCAGCCUGCGACUGGAUCCUGAAGACCAUGCAUUACCCUUCCCAGUGGUCAACGUGCCGCGUACAUCUGUGGCUCUGGAUUUUGAUCUAACAGACAGGAGGAUUUACUUCACACAGAGCUCAGGUGCAGGAGCGAGCAAAAUCAGCUACAUCAGCCUGUCUUCUCCUACUGCAGCGCCUAUAGUGGUGGCUUAUGGUAUGUUUCGAUCUCUCACUACAGCACAAACUUAAAUUCGAGGUUAGGGGUGGGAAUCACGAGUGGCCCCACGAUAUGAUAUUAUCACGAUACUCGGGCCACAAUACGAUAUUAAUGCAAUUUUUAACAUUUUGCAAUACAGUGAGCAUUGCGAUACAAUAUAUUGUGAUUUAUAUAUUUUUUUUCAACUGUUUGGCUAAUUUAGCAUUUGUCUUCCCUUUAUGUGUGUAUUAUUUACGCUGUAUUUUAUUUUCAUGGAUCACAUCUUGCAAACCAUUUGUCGCACUAACUUUCUCCUGCUCUAUGAUGUCACCUCUGCCAACCUCACUGGACAAACAGUUAAUUUUAUUUCUCCAUUAUCAUAGAUUUGACUUCAUAUUAGCAAUUAAUUUGAAAAAUGGAUACUUGUUAAAUGAGACGAUAUGAUAUAUCACCAGACAAAAUAUCGCGAUACUAUGCAGGAUCGAUUUCCUCCCACCCCUAUUCGAGGUAUUAUAUGGAUGUUUGAUUUUACUCCAGUGAUGUUACUGAUGCUUCUUUGGUUCAUGUGUUUGGACAGAUCUAGGGGCUCCUGAUGGCAUUGCAUUUGAUUGGAUAAACAAAAGAAUUUAUUACAGUGACUAUGUGAACCAGAGCAUCAGCUCCAUGUCUGUGGAUGGUUCUCAAAGGACUGUUAUUGCUCACGUGACCAGGCCAAGGGCCAUCAUGUUGGACCCCUGCAGAGGGUAAGCUGGAACAAUUUACAGUUUCAUGCUCAUUAGGGUAAAUAAGAUUGAAAAUCAUGAUCUUGACUUGUUUCAUAGAUACAUGUACUGGACAGACUGGGGAACCCAUGCUAAAAUCGAGCGAGCCACCUUAGGAGGGAACUUCAGGACGGAUAUUGUGAACAGCAGUCUGGUGUGGCCGAACGGACUGACCCUGGACUACGAAGAACAAAGACUGUACUGGGCAGAUGCCAGCUUGUAAGAUGUGAAAUAAUCCAUGGUUAAAAUACAAAAUAGGUCACGCCUCUCAUGUUAUUAUGCCUCUGCUGUUCUCAUUAUUUUGCUCUGCCAUCAGACAGAAGAUUGAGCGAUCCUCUCUCACGGGGGCGAAUCGAGAAGUCAUCGUCAGCACAGCCAUCUACCCCUUUGCUAUGAGCAUGUUUGGCCAGUUCAUCUACUGGACAGACUGGAACACACGCAGCAUUUAUCGUGCUAACAAGCAUGACGGCUCCGACCAGAGGAUCAUGAUUCAAAACCUACCAUCCAGGCCGAUGGACAUCCACGUUCUGGCUGCCAGAAAGCAGCAGCAGUGUGACAGCCCCUGUCAGCAGUUUAAUGGGGGCUGCAGCCACAUCUGUACACCAGGUACAGACACCUUCAUAAUGUCACUUUAUUUUAUAUAGAACGGUAAUCAAAACCUCCUGAUAAUUAUUUGUCAUUUUGAUCUAAUUUUGUUUUUUAAGGACCCAAUGGAGCUGAAUGUCAGUGUCCCUCUGAGGGCCGCUGGUACCUGGCCGACAACAAGCACUGUAUCCCUGAUAAUGGGACUCGCUGCCAGCCAGGCCAGUUCACCUGUAUGAAUGGCCGCUGUAUUCGAGCUCAGUGGAAGUGUGACAAUGACAAUGACUGUGGAGACGGCAGCGAUGAGCUGGAAAGAGUCUGUGGUAGGGUUAUGUUGUAAAAAAAUCUAAUCAGUCCCAUAGUGUCAUCUCCCUUUCUUUCUCUUUGGUUUAUUUACUCACAUCCCUUCCUGCAUGAGACUUUCAAAAACUCUCACCUCUGCUUCAUAAAAUGCAAUUCUCUCUUUCUAAUCUAACUCUCUCUGUAUUUCUGCUCAAACAAAUGUCUUUUAAAGGACCUAAACCUGACUUCAACUUUGUCGGUGUGUAUGCUUUCACUGUUUUUCCAUUAACAUGCAUCUAAUCCAAAAGUAUGAUCUGAAAUUAACUCUAACAAGUGAAUCUAUUCCCUCGUAUCUUUGCAUGCAGUCCCACAGCUGCUCUCAUCCUUUAUUGCCCUGUCAGGUAAAAUGACCCUCCACUGCCUAUCAGCCUCUUUUCUCCUGUGCAAAGCUCUGAACUAUUCUCUAAUCUGACCGACAGCCUUCCACACCUGUGAGCCCACUGUGUUUACUUGUGGCAACGGCCGUUGUGUGCCCUACCACUACCGCUGUGACCACUACGAUGACUGUGGGGACAAUAGCGAUGAAGUGAGCUGUCUGUUCAGACCGUGUGACCCCAACACAGAGUUCAGCUGCAACAAUGGCCGCUGUAUCGCAAAGGACUAUGUUUGCAAUGGCAUUAACAACUGCUACGACAACGGGACUUCUGAUGAGCAGAACUGCCGUGAGUAUCUCAUAAGAACAAAACAGAAGAUUUAAAUAAGUGAAUCAAAAAGUUUCUUAAACACAUCCAACUUUACUAUCAUCACAGCUGAACGAACCUGCCAGCCAGAGCACACCAAAUGCCAGUCCACCAACAUCUGUAUCCCACGCUCUUACCUGUGUGAUGGAGACAACGACUGUGGGGAUAUGAGUGACGAGAGUCCCACACACUGUGGUGAGUUCAGAACAACAAAACUCCACCCUUUAGUUUUUAAUUAUCUACGCUAUAAAGUUGCAGCUUUUACUUUGUUGUAGGAGAUUCAAGUCCCUCAAACCAGCUGAACUGUUCACUUCUGCCAUGCCUGUUAAGAUUCUGAAUAAAGAGUAUGUAGGAUGUACGAACUGUGGUUGAUUUAUAGUGUGUGUACACCUACAGUGAAGUGGACAUUUAAGUAUUUCUUAUCUUAUCUUAUUGCAUGAUUGUAAUUUAUAGAUGUGUCACAUGGGUAGUAUCAGGAUAUUAGAUUAUGUUAGAUCUAUUUUGUUCUCUUUGAGGGUAAAUUAGGUUUGGGCAGAAGAUUAUCAAUUUGUCUGUGUUGUUUUUUUAAACAGAUUUCACAGUGAGUUCCAGAGAUACAAACUUAAUACAAAUAGACACACCAGACAGAAAAUAUGGAGCAGUUACAAAAAAAGGAAUACACACUGAAAAAAAGGCUAGAUCUUAAACUGCACAUUAUUAUGUGUACAAAUCUAUAUUUGGUGUCACACAUAGAAUAAAGUACGUUCCAAUUUUUAGUAUGUAAUUUUUGUAUGUGAGACAUUUCUGGGUUUAAUGAUGAAUUUGCCAGAACUGGCUCAAUCGAUUCCCCUAAGAUAAAUCGCAGCCAGCAAAAAGCAGUGUACAAGUGUAAAGAUGUCUCCUAUGUGGUUAAAAUAGAUUCUACUUAGUACUAUAUCUAAUGCUUAAGUCAAGAAUACUCUUCUUAAAUUCCAAAUACAAAUACAAGCAUGUUAGCUUAGUCAAGAUACAUGAAUUACUGGAGUUUUUAUUGACAAUAUAUUAACUGUCAAGCUGGGAUGUAUGCAGUCCAUACUGUUUGAGUAUGCAGUAUAUACUUUGCUAGUAUGUGGUUUUAGUCACAGUCUUCGUGAAUUUCUAUUUUUGAGAUGUAACUUCUAAAAUCAAACACUCAUUUCCUCUCACAUUUGGAUUUAAAGAUUUAAAAAAUUGCCCCAUUUGUGGUUUAAGCCACAGUGGAUCACAACAACUUCUACAAAUCUCAAGUCUGCUUAAUGGAGAUAAAAAGGAUUUCACUCUGAGUUAUAAGAAAGAGGAUUUCCCAGUCAAAACAGAGUCACAAGACUAUUUCCCGGCACAUCAUCAGCAUGUUAAGAAUCUGACAUUGUCAAGUCCUGCGUCUGAUUUCAUGCCUGUUUUCUAUCCUCUCUGCAGCUACAUCCACAUGCUCCCAGAGUGAGUUCCGUUGCUCAAGCGGUCGCUGCAUCCCCGCCCACUGGUACUGUGACGGAGGGGCCGACUGCGCUGACGGCUCUGACGAACCCCUCUCCUGCAGUGAGUGCCGCACAACUUUCUCACCCCCUAAUAAAUAACCCCCUGGCUUUGUGCGCCUUCCCUCGCCCUAUAAUCAGCUGCUUGGGUAUUGUGUAUUUGUGUCUGUCUGCCCCGAUCUUCAUCUGUGUGCUGAUGUGAGAGUGUGUGAGUGAUGUUGCAGAAAGUACGAGUCAGUGGUGUAUUUCUUUGUUGACGAUGUGGUCAGUCAGGCCUCCUAUUGUGUGCUGCAUUCCUCUGUGCUGACGCCCCUCAGUGUCCUCCGACAAACAGCACCUCCCCCUCCCUUUGUCCAUCAGGGGUUACAGAGCCUCACUUUGGCUUUUGUUUAGACAGCUCACCAUGCAUGGGAAUGGGGAGUUGCCAUGACUAUUUUUGAAAGCUUUGCCUGUGUUGUACUGUGCCUUGGUUAUUAGAGGGAAAGCAGCAGGAAAGUACCAGAAAUAAUUGGCACUCAAGAAAUGGGAACGCUGUUAGAAAAAACAUGAUAAUCAGACAAAGUGAGCCUGACUAAGACUAAGUGUUGUACUGAUUUCUCAACAGUUUAAUGUCUUAUGUAUUGUCCCUUCAGCCACACUGGCCAGAACCUGCAACUCUGAGCAGUUUCGCUGUGAUGACGGCAGGUGCAUUGCCUCAUCCUGGAUCUGUGAUGGGGACAAUGACUGUGGGGACAUGAGCGACGAAGACCAGAGGCAUAACUGUGGUAUGUGUCCCCUCAUAACCUUUUGAGCUCUCCUUUUUCUGAGUCUCCUCUCUCUUUGUCCUCUUCCUCAUCCUCUGCUGCAUCUCCUCCCCUCAAAGCCCAUCCUCUUGUUUCCCAUCACUCCUCCACUUGGCCCCCCUCCUGCUUCCCUCAUCCUAUCGUUAUUCAGGACGCUGAUGGAUUAGGAUACACACCACUGGGGGAGUGUUGUGUGGGAGACACUGGCAGUCAGUGCCUGGCAUCUUAGUCUCCUGUAGAAGGUCUCCAUCCCAAGGAGCUGACAUUCCUGAUUUCUCCUGCCUCACUCGUUACUUUGUGCAUGUCUCCUUUCUCUGGCUUCCUGGCUCAGGGUGGAUCAAGACUUUUAUGUCUCACCAAUGUGUGCUCCAACAAUAAGGUGCCUGAAGCUAAAGACUUCAGCACAGCCUGAGCCUCUGUAGGGGACUCACUUCAAACAAUGUGCAUCAAUCACGUUAGAUGGAUAAAGAAUUUGAAGUCACGGCUGCAUGUUUGGAAAUAGAGUUUGGAAUGUACGGACUGCCAAAAAUGCAGGUUGACACUGGGUCAUUAUUUAAUGUUUGUAAACCCCUCUGCUUUACUCUGUCACUUUCCAGCCAAUCGCACAUGUUCAAGCUCUGAAUUCACCUGUGCGAAUAAUCAACCGCCACAGCGGAAAUGUAUCCCACGUGACUGGGUUUGUGAUGGAGACGCAGACUGUGCAGAUGCGUUAGAUGAGCAUCAGAACUGCACAAGGAGAUCCUGUGGCAUCAAUGAGUUCACCUGUAACAACGGCCUCUGCAUCCGUAGUGCCUACAGGUGAGAAAAGCAAACAUUAGAUCUGCCGUCUGCCUGCAUGACGUGAGGGUUUACUUUUUCUACCCUGCUUUUUAAAAUCAGGUGUGAUCGGCGAAACGACUGCGGGGACGGCAGCGACGAGCAGGGCUGUACCUACCAGCCAUGCCAGCAGCACCAGUUCACCUGCCAGAACGGACGCUGCAUAUCCCACGACUUUGUCUGCGAUGGAGAUAAUGACUGUGGGGAUGAGUCUGAUGAGCUGGAGCACAUGUGCCACACACCAGCACCUACCUGCCCCCCUGGAGAGUUCAGGUGUGACAAUGGGCACUGUAUCCCUCAAAGCCAGGUGUGCGACAGGAGUGACGACUGCUCCGAUAACAGUGACGAGAAAGGAUGUGGUGAGUGUGGAGCAGGGAAUUAUCCCAUGAAUACUGUAGUUAAAACUCUAAUACAGUGCUUUUUUUGAUGACAUAAAUAACUUAGUCAGUGAUUUGCUUCUCUGAUGGCAGGUGUGAAUGAAUGCACAGACCCAUCAGUCCACCACUGUGAUCAUAACUGCACUGACACACCCACUAGCUUCAUCUGCACCUGUCACCCCGGUUACCGCCUCAUGUCUGAUGGUACAACAUGUGACGACGUCAACGAGUGUGUGGAGACCCCCAGUGUAUGCAGCCAGAUUUGUGAGAACACUGUUGGCUCCUACAUGUGUAAAUGUGCGCCGGGAUUCCUCAGAGAGCCAGACGGCCGCAGCUGCCGCCAAAACAGCAACAUCACUCCCUACCUCAUCUUCAGCAACCGCUAUUACCUGAGGAACCUGUCAACAGACGGAGAGGCUUACUCUCUGAUCCUCCAAGGCUUGACCAGUGUUGUUGCCAUGGACUUUGAUCGUGUCGACAAGCGUCUUUAUUGGAUUGACGUGAGCCGCAGAGUGAUUGAGAGGAUGUCCUUCAAUGGGAGUAACAGAGAGGUGGUGGUAAAUGGAGUUUUACAUGGAGAGGGCCUUGCAGUCGAUUGGGUAGCGAGAAAGCUCUACUGGGCUGACAGCUUCUUGGACUGUCUCAAAGUGUCGGAGCUGGAUGGUCGGUUUGUGAAGAAGCUGGCCGAGCACUGUGUGGACCCAAACAACACCUACUGCUUUGAAAACCCCAGGGCCAUUGUGCUGCAUCCCAAAUAUGGGUGAGUAAUAUGGGUCUGUGCUGCUCAGCUGCUAAAAUCCCUGCAGACUUGUGGCAUUGUUGUCUUUUCAGGAUGUAUGGUUAAAGAAACUGCAGGUCAAUGAAUUGCAAACAAACAAAUAUAUGUGCAGAUUUUUUACUCUUUUAUACUUUGAUUUUUUUUUAAUUCUAUCUCAUUUAAUUGAAUUUUGUUGGCAAUGCUUUCUGUGUAAUAUGAGUGUAAUUAAAAAAAAAAAAAACACUUUUUUUGUAUGAGUAUGAGAAUAAUUGGAACACAAAGCUUUUCAGGGUGGACUUUGUUUCACUCUAAAUAAUUUACUAACUGCUUAUAACGUCUUUUAUAUAUAACAAAACACUGCAGUUUUUACAGUUAAAUGGAUUUAUUCAUCUUUUAGUGAUUGGAUAAAUGUUACCAUUGAUUCUCAGCUCUGCCCAGGAAGUUAUUAAUCACAUACACAUCAGAAUUUACACUUCAAUCUUCACUUUUGUCAACUUUUUCUAAACUUUAAUCAAAAACCUGUUUUGAAGUGUAAUUGUUGCCAGGAUUCCUUGCAAUGUUUUCUCCCAAAUUGAGCAAAACUCAUCAAAAUGCACUCUAAAGUAAUAUUAUGUACCUCAGUGCUGUCUUAAUAAUUUAGUGUCAGACUUGCUCUUACUUCAGCUGAGAUCAGAUUUGCUGAAAAGGAAAAAACAAGUAUUGAUUCUCCUCUUGAUUAUCUUCCUUCUCUGUUGUCAGAUAUGUGUAUUGGACAGACUGGGGAGACAAAGCCUUUAUUGGUCGUGUCGGGAUGGAUGGAACCAACAAAACAACAGUUGUUACCACAAAGAUCGAGUGGCCCAAUGGAAUCACCAUCGACUACACAAAUGACAAACUCUACUGGUCUGAUGCUCAUCUCAGCUAUAUAGAGUAAGCCCAUUCACCUGGAGAUGAUCAUGUCGGCUUUGCCUCGAGUAAAUACAGAGGAACUGUUGUAACCCCUUUGGAUUGUGUUUCUCCUCCAGAUAUUCAGACUUGGAUGGUCGACACAGACAUACAGUGUAUGAUGGAAAUCUGCCUCAUCCUUUUGCCCUGACUGUGUUUGAAGACACAGUUUACUGGACUGACUGGAACACACGCUCAGUGGAGAGAGGCGACAAAUUUGACGGCUCAAAUCGUCAGCUCCUGGUUAACACCACUCACAGACCGUUUGACAUUCAUGUGUGUCAUCCUUACAGGCAGCCUAUCGGUGAGUGUGUGCAGAUUUCCACAAAGCUUUUGUUCACGAAACAGUCAUUUCUCCACACACUGAAAGUCCAUUUGAAUACAAUACUAAACACCAGGCUGCACAAUACCUGAUCUGUCUCUGAGAUUGCUAAUGGUGGGCCUUCUUCCUGCAGUAAACAAUCCCUGUGCUGUAAACAAUGGAGGAUGUUCUCACCUGUGCCUCAUUCGUCAUGGGGGGCGGGAACAUACCUGUGAGUGCCCCGAUCAUUUCCUGACUGUCCAAUUAGGAGGUGUUAGCCGAUGCCUUCCCAUGUGCACCAGCACCCAGUACAGAUGUGCCAACAAUGAACGGUUUGUCAGCAUUUCCUUUUAUUGUUUCAUGCAAAUAUUGUCCAUAUUUGAUCAAUCAUUUCAUCCACAAAAAGGCUUGUGAUUCUUUAAGUAUGCAUUUGAUCUGUGUGUUUUUAUACUUUUUUUUCUGCAAUAAUAAUGCAGAAUGCUCACAAACUUAAUCCAACAGCUAUAUUUUGAAAAGUUGUAUUAUGCAGUCAACAUGUGUUUGAACUCUUUGCACAAGGAGACAGUGCCCCCUGCUGAUAGUGGUUUAAGAAAAUGCAGUUGAGUUUUAACAAAACCUCUGGCUGUUUGCACAAAAUGUUCCCACAGAUUGUAUAGAUUGGGUUAGAUAAAGACAAAAAUCUUGUUUUUGAAUGACCAAAUUUGUGUUUUAUACUUGUCACAUUUAAAUUUCAAGUCCACCCACAGUUGUGCAGCCUUUUACAGAGCUUGUGUGUUGUUCUAGUCAAAGAUAUUUUGUAUUCUGGAAACUGAAAAACCUCUGAUUCAAUAGAUGCAUACCUAUCUGGUGGAAAUGUGAUGGUCAGAGGGAUUGCAGAGAUGGUUCAGACGAGCCCUCCACCUGCCCAGCUCGUCACUGCAGGCUCGGCCAGUUCCAGUGCAAUGAUGGGAACUGCACCAGUCCUCACUUCCUGUGCAACAGCAACCAGGACUGCCAUGAUGGCUCCGAUGAAGACCCUGUGCUUUGUGGUAGGUUGAUUUCUUGUAGCUUCCUCAUUUGAUUUGUUUCUGUCAGCUAAUUGAUUUGUCCUCCUCCAGCUACACACCAGUGUGAAAACCGCCAGUGGCAGUGUGCAAAUAAGCGUUGUAUCCCUGAGACGUGGCAGUGCGAUGGUGAGGACGACUGUGGAGAUCAGUCUGAUGAGGAUCCCGCCCACUGUUCCACCAGAACCUGCAGCCCCGGACAGUUCAAGUGCCGUAAUGGACGCUGCAUCCCCCAGAACUGGAAAUGCGACGUAGAUGACGAUUGUGGCGACAACUCUGAUGAACCACUGGAGGAGUGCAGUAAGUUUCGAUUCCCUCUCCUUCUUGUUUUUGGUUCUUAUUUAAAAUAGUCAAUUCCAGGCUCAGGUUUUUAUUUGAAGGAGUUUCAGCCAACUUUGAUGUAUAAUUACUGUUGGUGUAAUAAAGAUAUCUGUCAGCGUGUAAAAAUGUGUAAAAAUAAUCCAUAAUCAUGUUUUUGCUCCACAGUGGGACCUGCGUAUCGAUGUGACAACCACACAGAGUUUUCCUGUAAGACCAACUACCGCUGUGUGCCGCUUUGGUCUGUGUGCAACGGCCAGAAUGACUGCAGAGACAACAGUGAUGAGCAGGGCUGUGGUAAGUCUGAUACAAUCACCUCUGUGACUAAACACAGGUCCUCUUCACAUUAGAGCUAUGACUCAGAGACUUAGAUCCAGAGUGCAGGCAGAAUUCAGACACUUCAUCCCUCCUGGAGCUCAUUUAUUCAUCUCUAUAGACAGGUAUCCAAACGCAUGUACGGCAGACAGUCAACUCGACAUCAACAUUUUAACUAAACAGAAAUUCUGUUGCUAGCAAUCAGAUUUCCUGAUAACACUUUUUCUCUUAUAAUGCAUUAUUAGCACAUUUAUAAACCCUUAAGAAUGCAACUGUAAGGCCUUAUAACAACACUUAUGAGUAUAAUAACCAUUUAUGACAGCUUCAAGCCAUGUGUAUGCAUAUUCCUUAAUCUAAAGGAAAAACAAGAUGAAUUAUUAUUGUUGUAUAUUAUUAUUGUUGUAAGUAUUUUUUGCUGGACACUUUUCUCACAGCCACAAAAUACUUCUAAGUCCUUAUAUAUGUGUUAUAAGAUCAUAUAAUUGUUGAGAACAUAAUGCAGGGGGCACUGAUAGCCUGGUAGUUUGAGUGCCCCACAUUUAACAAUAAUAGUCCUCAUCACUGCAGCCAGUCACUGGUGCGACUCCCUGCCUUGACCCUUUGCUGUAUGUCUUCCCCUAAUCUAUACUACACUUCAUACAUAUUGCUAUAAGCUGUUAUGAAUGCUUAUAAUAACUCAUAAGGGUUUUUAUAAAGCCUUAUAGAAGCAUUUAUAAGGCUUUAUGAAUGUGCUAAUGAUGCAUGAUAAGAGGUGCAUUUAUAUAAAGUUUUCCUGACUUCAUGUGAUUUGUCAAAACAAACGAUUUAAGCUCUGUCCUGUCUCUCCUACACUCCAUGAAUUUGAAAUAAAAAGACAUGCAAACUCAUCUUCAGGGGUAAAUUGCACUUUACAUCUGAUCUGUUGCUUCUUAAGUUGGUAACUGGACUGUAAACAAUGCCUCCCCCAACUAAGAAGGUCUAAGCUGGAGGUAGUCUAUAGGUAACUGCUGACUCCACCUGAAUGUCCGGGAAGGUCACCCUUCCACCUGGAGGUACAUGUUGUCACCAGAUCACAGUCCCACUUACAGGCCUACAGUGAGAUGGUUUGAGAAAUCUUUGAAGAUUUCAAAAAUGUAAGGCAUGGAAACAAGGUUAAAUGUUCAUGGAGUGAGUGAAGGGCAAUUAGCCAACACCUCAGCCUUCUGUAAAACGUUACCCAGUCAGAUAGUGGGAGGUACUGAUGGAGAGGGUCUCACCACUCACCCUCCCCCACCAUUUGCCUCUCCCUUAAAGCACCACAGAUUUAUGAGCUGUCCAGUGGUAUGGCUCUACAUACAUGUGUCUAUGUGAGCAUGUUGUUGCUCUGUCCUUGCGUGGGGGCAGGGUUCACACAAGCCUCUUUGUACUUCGCUACGAUCCAAACACACUCACCGCGGCCCUCCCGUCUCUUAUCGGAGGCCCUCGCUCCAUUAGUGCCAUGCCCGCGCAGGACGGGAGAUCCGUGCUAAUCUUCCUGUAAGAAUGUAGCAGAUGGGCCAGGUGGAGGGCUAGGAGGGCAGGACUCGCUCACGCUGCGCUAUCUUUGACCCCCAGCACUGUGUGGUGGAGACGGCUCAGAGCAGUUCUCCUCCACUUCUCACCCGUCUGUGCCUCUCAUCUCUUUUAGUCUUAUCCUUAACAGAAACACACUGGUAAUAGGUCCGAGGCAAGCUGCUCUCCUCCCUUUACGACCACUUUCAUUAAAUAAGAAGAUGCCUUUCUGUUUCAAACUGACGUUUUUAUCAUCACUUACAAGCUUAAACAUUUCCACUUGGUUAGUUUCACAGUUUAUACUGUAAAUCAUGUCAUUCACAGUUUAUUUCACAGAUGUGUGUGAAGCUUAUUAUAAUUCCUGUAAUUGAUAGCGUUAUAAUAAAAUGCUGAAUUUAUACACAGAUACUAGUUCUAAACUCAGUUCAUCCAGUUUCAUAUUAAAGCCUGUUAUUAACCAGGCACAUGUGCAGGACGUCCCGUUUUAGUCAGACUGAGCUAAUAAGCAGUUAAUAAAUGGUAUUCACCUCCUCCCUCUUUUUCUCACUUUUAUUUCCUUAAAACAUUCACAUUUUCUUUACAUGUAAAUCUUCUACAAAAAGGAGGCAAGGGAAACUUAUUUUGUCAUAUUCAUGUUGCCAUGACAACAUUGGCACAAAUUCAUGCAAAACAAAUGCAUCUAAGAAAUUUAAAGCAGUUAUUCAAUACAUACAUUGGUAUUUUAUUGUACAUAUAUAUUUAGUGUAAGUUUGUUAACUUAUUACCUUUUUUAUUUUUCUAUCUGUCUUUAUUUGCACUGCGGGUCCGAGAGGACUGUAAUUUCAUGUAUGCUGUAUGCUGUCGUAUAGCAUAUUUGACAAUAAAGCUGACUUUGACUUUGACUUUGAUUUUCCCUACAACAUAUUCAGGUUGUGUCGCACUAUAUUUGAACUGCUGGAAAUCACACCUGGGGUCCAGGGAUCCUUAGAAAGUUUUAAAAGUUGAAAAGAAAGUAAUCUGAGAAGAAGAGUUCUCUUCAGACUCCCUUUGGUAGAGCAGGGUGGAAACACGAGCUUCAUUAACCAACCUUAUUUACCGUCUUUCCUUAGAUGAACUGACUUGUGAUCCCAGUGGUGACUUCCGGUGUGACAACCACCGCUGCAUCCCGCUGAGAUGGAGCUGUGACGGAGACGAUGACUGCGGGGACAACUCUGAUGAACGCAGCUGCAGUGAGUGCUCCUUUAUUUUUAGUAAGGUCUUUUUAGUGUUUCUUUUUUAACAAUAUAUCUGAGUCAAUGUCAGCAACUCAAGAACCCAUCCACCCGUCCAUCCACCAGACUCACACAUAUACCCAUAACAGCCAGACAUCCAACACAGAAAUAACACAGGAGUAGAGACGUGGUAGAGAGUCUAUCUAUUUAAACAGAAUUAAACAGAAUCAGAAUUUGUUUUCCUGGCUCUUGAUGAGAACAUGCUGCUUUCAAACCUGCUGAGAGGACUGCUCAUUGGGGUCGCACCAAACAGUGAAAUGAGUGGAGAGGGCUUCACCAUUUUACCAAAUGUCUUAGAAAAACUUUCAAAGAUUGUAAAGAGCUCUAAGCAUGUCCUAAUGAAGUGAGUGCUCUUCACACUGAGAGUUUUUAUCUUCUUUAUCCAAGGAGAGUGUGAACAAUGAUACCUGGGCGCACUGUUUUGACACCAUCGAGUGUCUCUAAGUGGGUUUACUUUGGGGCUCUUGUUAAUGGUCAAAAUGAAACAGGAGUGUUGAUGGCAACAGAUAGUCCUGCAAUGAUUUUAUCAAGCUGCAGGGAGAUUUUGUAACACUCUAGCCUCCGGUGCAGCGCUGACAGAAGAAGUCUUAUCGGCUGCUUAAGAAACAGGCUGUCCUCAGCAUCUCAGCUGGAGGGAGUGAAGGAGUCUGUCACCCUUUGCCCUGGAGAAUUUAAACAUGUCUUAAAACAUGCCCGUUAAUAAUGAUAAUGUAGCUCCUCAAAUAGUGACUGUGGUUAAAUCAUGGUGGUACCGCUUCACCUCAUUUCUCCACAUUGAACUUAUGAGCUCACUGCAGAGUAACAGCUGCUGAUGUUAGAUAUUUAUGUCACAAUAGGACAGAAAAUAACAGCUGUAGGAACGUAAGACCAGGUGUAAAAUCUGUAUCAAGAAACAAGAGCUUCAGACGUCCCAUAGAUGAGUGAAUUCUUGCUUGAAAAUCUGCUCAAUAAGUUUUGUUUUUGUGUUUUCUCCUCAGCUCCACGCGCGUGCACCGAGAGUGAGUUUCGUUGUGAUAAUCUACGCUGCAUUCCUGACCGUUGGGUCUGUGACCAUGACAACGACUGUGAGGACAACUCGGAUGAAAGGGACUGUGGUGAGUGGAGGCUCUUUGUUGGCCGGCUGUUUGUGAGUAACGAAGGGCUGCACUAAACAAAGAAGCAAUAAAACUUCAAGUAUUGAGGCAUAGAGUAGACAGACAGGACCACCUCCAGUCAUCUAUUCAAAAAUAGUUUAUUCACGGGGCUGCACUCUGCGUCUUUCUCCAAGACUCUCUACAGCUGUUAGCAUUACUUGAUGUUGAGACACAUGAGAUGAAAGAAAAUCUUGUUGUGUGGAAAAAGGAAAAGUAUACUUAGUGUUUUAUCUUACUUUGUGUAUUUCUCUCUCUUUUUUUUACUGUUAUUGGAAGUAAAACUGCAUUUUGUGUUGCUUUCAUUUUGUUGCAGAGCUGCGGACUUGCCACCCCGGUUACUUCCAGUGCACCAGUGGACACUGUAUUGCUGAGCGUUUCAAAUGUGAUGGCAACCCGGACUGUCUGGACUACACAGAUGAGAUAUCUUGUCGUAAGUGUCCGGUAACACUCUCAAACACAAGGAGGGAGUCUCAGUAAGAGGAAAAGCAUAGCUCAUAUAAAUGGGUCCAUUUUUUAACUGGUUGCAUAUUCAUUGACUUUUAGCAACCCGCUUUCCCAACGGCACAUACUGCCCCCCCUUUCUGUUCGAGUGUAAGAACCAUGUUUGUGUCCAGCCGCACUGGAAAUGUGAUGGAGACAACGACUGUGGAGAUAAUUCAGACGAGGAGCUUCACCUCUGCUGUAAGAAGCAAAGUUUUAACACAAGUUAAAGUCCAUCACACAAAAGAAUCCAAAGCCUGUUUGAUUUCUGUCAAAUUAUCCUGCUAUAAAUCAAUAUUAUGUGAUUGUCUUCCUGUUCAUCCGCAGUGGAAAUCCAGUGUGAGACACCUUUCCGUUUCCGCUGUGACAACAACCGCUGCAUCUACAGCCACGAGCUGUGUAACUCUGUGGAUGACUGUGGUGAUGGUUCAGAUGAGAGACAGGAAAACUGUAAGAAUUAUUGUUGUAGUAGCCACUAUUCAUACUAGCUAAUAGUGACUAAAGCUUGUGUUAUGUUCUUGUUUUAUUUCCACAACUUAACAGCAUGUGUCUACUACAUUAAAUGAUUUCAAAUCUUUCUCUCGAUUCAGGUCAGAACCCGACUCAUGGUCCCUGUUCAGAUGAGGAGUACAAAUGCAGUAACGGUCAAUGCAUCCCUUUGCAGUACGCCUGUGAUGAUUACGAUGACUGCGGCGAUCAGUCAGAUGAGCUCGGCUGCCGUGAGUUCAUUAACAGAAAAAAUAAUGUGUUUAUAAAUUUAGAAGUAAAAAGUAUCUUAGUGACGUUUUAAGACAGUUAUUAAAAUUAUUGUACCAUUCGACAGGGUUAGACAAGAUAUAACACAGUUCAGCAUGACAAGAUAUUAUACAAUACGAUACAAUAUGAUAUGAUAGGAUGCGAUAAGAUACGAUACGAUACAAUACUAUACUAUACAAUACGUUAUGAUACAAUUAAUAGUCUCCUUAGGGAAAUUUGUCUUUGACUCCAUAGCUGCCUCUGUAGUGGUGUUUUGUGUUAAACUACCAUGAAAUAAGUGAUCAACAACCCACAUAAUGUAUUUCAGGUAAACACAAUUUUAAUGAUUCUAUUAUAUCAAAUAGUGGUCUGAAAAGAAGUUAAGGUUUUGGCUAAAUCACAAUUAAUAAGCUUUCAAGUAAUUCAUGACCACUUCUAUGUCCAUAAUGUGACUGCAACGAAACUACUUAAUAUAUUUUAUUAUCCUUGAUUCCUAAAACUGUAGAUGCUUUUCAGUGUUCUCCAUGAGUGUCAGCUUUGAUUUUCAGGGGCAAAUUGAAGAGAAUUAUCUGUCUUUACGUCUUUUUUCACAAAAAUGUCAAAGUGCAAACAGCACCACACAGUUUGCUCCUAUGUUGCGGCUGAUAAUACAGAUCUCUGCACACAAAGAUAUGGUAAAAGUUCACUUAUAUCCACAGUAAGCUGAGAAAAGCUCAGCUUUUUAACUGUUCAUUGUAAAUAAGAGAGUUAAAAAAAAGGAAAUAUCAGAUACGGUCUGGACGUAAUUUCUUCUUUGCAGGGAAAGGUAAAGCAUCUUGCCCUCAUGAAAUAGCAGUAGCAUCUCCAUCCUGUGUUAGAUACUUUUAGAAAAUGAGCGAUAAAAGGGUUCUUGUCAAAAUAGUAUUGUAGACUUCACAGAGAGUCGGCUUCUUCUUCUGUCACAUAAAUGUGUAGUUGUUUUCAUGGUCACUAAAAAUGCAGUGGGAUUACAUAGUAUUAACUCUGUGUGGCUCAUAGUGUUUUGUGUUUGUCAAAUAAGACUCUUUGCACUGACAUGUAAUUGCAUAAAAAGGGGACACUUUGCCGCACAUGCAUACAUCAUGACCGCUUUAAACCAUGUAAACCUCAAGUCACUCAGACCCAAAGUGUGUUUUUGUCCUCUUAGACCAUGGCAGUGGGCACACAUGCAGUGACAACAUCUGUGAACACAACUGCACUGACCUGACGUCAGGAGGGAUACUCUGCUCAUGCAGGCCCGGUUACAAGCCCAGACCCACAGAAAAACACACCUGUGAAGGUAAAGGACACAUCAGGUUUUCAUUUGUGGACUCAGUCUUUGUAAAAACUGACACUGAAUUCAUUUUUCUUCUCCUUUUUAAAAACAGACCUAAAUGAAUGUGAGGUUUAUGGCACAUGUCCUCAAGAGUGCAAAAACACAAAGGGCAGCUAUGAGUGUUUUUGUGCUGAGGGUUUCACCUCGUUUGGUGAACCACAUGGGACCGAGUGUGCUGCCCAGGGUAAGAGCUCAGUUUAAGCACACAGAAGUUUCCUUUUACACUUUUGUGCUGAUUUCACUCACCAAUCCUCAUUUCUGUGAAGGAAAUCCACCAGUGCUGCUUUUGCCAGACAAUGUUCGAAUCCGCCGUUUCAACCUGUCCUCUGAGCAGUAUUCGGACUACGUGGACAACGCUGAGCAUAUUCAAGCCUUGGACUACCUGUGGGAUCCAGAGGGAGAAGGACUCAGUAAGAUUAGACAUUUCAAAGUCGCCCUGAUGCUUGUUUUAAAAUAGACACUUGAGUAGAGCUUCAAGUUUAGACUUCCUUCAUCCUUUUGUGCUGCAGGUAUUGUUUACUGGACGGUUCUGGGUCGAGGGUCUCAGUUUGGAUCCAUCAAACGUGCCUAUAUGACAACGUUUGACGAUUACGGCAACAACCCAGUAAAAGAGGCGGAUCUGAACCUCAGAUACAUCUCUAAUCCUGAUGGCAUUGCGUUAGACUGGGUUGGCGGGUAAUUAACCAAACAUGUAACCAAAAUAUCAGAGAUGCUGCUCAGAAUUUUAGCCAGCCACUCGGUAUAAAUUUGAUCGUCUCUUACAGGCACAUUUACUGGACAGAUUCAGGCACCAAUCGAGUAGAAGUGGCCAAACUAGAUGGGCGGUAUAGAAAGUGGCUGAUCCACACUGACCUCGAUCAGCCUGCUGCGAUUGUUGUUAAUCCAUCACUCGGGUAGGAAGAUGAAGAUCCAUAUUUCUAAAUAUUUGAGGCUCCAGCUUCUUUGUAGAUGUUUUUCAUUUCCCUGUGAUUACUUCUCUGUUGGCAGAAUGAUGUACUGGUCAGAUUGGGGCAGGAAACCGAGGAUAGAAUCAGCCUGGAUGGACGGUCAGCACAGAGAGGUGCUGGUGAAGGAGGAGGACCUGGGCUGGCCUACAGGUCUGGCUGUGGACUAUCUGAAUGGAAACAGGAUCUACUGGUGUGACUCCAAAGAGAACAUCAUUGAGUCCAUGAAGCCUGACGGCACAGACAGAAAGAUCGUCAUAUCAGGGGGUCAGAGCACAACAAGUUUAGAAAGUUUUAUUUGUAUUAUUAAUUAGACAAAUGUCAUUUUAUAAUAACAGGGAAAGUGAUUAGGAUUUCCUUUGUUUCAGACAUCGGACACCCCUUCAGUGUGGAUGUGUUUGAGGGGCAUGUGUACUGGACAACUAAGGACAAAGGUGAAGUUUGGAAGACUAACAAGUUUGGGAAAGGGAAUAAAGUCAGAGUUCUGACCAUCAACCCGUGGCUGACUCAAGUUCGAAUAUACCAGGAGCACCGGCACAACCAGACAGGUCAGAACCAAGAGGGAUUCAUGUGUGUGUGAGAGUAUGUUGUAUAGUUAUGCUUUAUAUGUUAGAGUAUUACUUACACACAAUAGUUUCAGAUCAGCUUUGUCGAGGGGGUAAAAUGUAAUAAAAUGUGCUCUGAGUUUAUCAGAAAGGAGUGUCUUCUCUCUGAUAAUAAUGUCUGAUUGUCUCCUCAGUACCAAACCCUUGUAAGGACGUGUGCAGUCACCUCUGUCUCCUGCGGCCUGGAGGGUACACCUGCACCUGUCCACAAGGCUCGUCUGCUGUGGAGUUUGACUCCAGUAAAUGUGACGCAGGUAAUCAGAGCGCCUGAGUCUGUACAUGUGUUACCUGCACCUCUGUGUUGGUUGUAUGGGUGCAUGUCAUGCUGCAUUUAUAAACCCAGUCCUCACGUGCAUCACUGCUCCUGGUUCGAUGAAAAUCUGUUGUGUUCCUGGUUUGUUGUUCUUGUUGUUGAUUUUAUGUUUGCCUGGCUUUAACUCCUGCAGCCAUUGAGGCUCCUGUUGCAAUGCCCCUUGCAUGUAGAUGCAUGAAUGGUGGGACGUGCUACACUGAUGAAGCUGGAUUGCCAAAGUGCAAGUGAGUUUAGACGGGUCAUUUGCUGCAGGGAUUGACUGACUCUCCAGUACUCAUAUGUUUGGCUGGAUAUGUGUGCUUUUUUUUUCAAAUGCACUUUAUUUCCCUUCACAACCUCCUGCAGAUGUCCUUAUGGUUACACGGGCAGCUACUGUGAGGUGGGCAAGUCCAGAGGAGCUCCAGCAGGAACAGGUACAGCAAAUCAAAGGAUCUGACAUUUACUUGUUUUUAUGCUGUUUUGAUAUCAGCGCAUUUCCAUUUCCAUUUCCUUUACUUUUCUUUCCUUUGGUUUGAAGUGCUGACAAAACAAAUUCUCCCCUCACACUGCUCACCAUGUGGGAGCUGUUGCACAGUAAUGGGCCUGAUACGUUGGCUUUAUUAGAGCAGAUCAGGGCCAAACAUGAUGAAGUCACACUUCCUGCUUAUCUUUAUUAAAAACGACUUCAACAAAACAGCUUGAUCAGCAGUUUUUAAAACGACCACCCAGAAUCAUUACACAUUCCCUUAAUAGAUAACCCUGUUAUAUUUCAAUUGAUCACUGUUCAACCUCUGUAAUGGUCUUGCAGACUAAUGGACCAUCUGACCAGUCAGCAUGAUUUUGCUACUAGAGGAGUUUUAUGAGUAGAACUUUAUUGCAAGCAUCUCAUGAGCAUUUACCUUCUUAUUCUCCUCUCUGUCCUCAGCUGUGGCCGUUCUACUAGCGGUCAUCAUAAUCAUCAUAACUGGAGCUCUGGCUGUCGGGGUUUUUCUCAACUAUAAACGGACAGGAUCCUUUAUCCCCUCCAUGCCUAAACUUCCCAGGUAUCCCAGCUUUCAUUCCCUUUUUUAACUGCAAGUAACCACAAUGAAGAAUUAAGAUCAGAGUUCAAACUGUACUGUGUUGUUUCUGUCCAGCCUCAGCAGCCUGGUGAAGUUCGCUGACACUGGAAACGGGGUGACAUUUCGCUCAGGUGAUAACGUUGAUCUGGGACCAUCACGUAUCGGAGUGUCAUUCAUUGACACAGCCAUGCAGAUGGUGAGUGCUGCAAGGAUGAUUAUCAGCAGUUAAUGCUCUCCCUAGUGUGCUGUCAGCAUUUCUGACUUAGAGAACCAGAGCUAUGUGAAGCACUCAUUAACAGUUUCAUUAACAGUUUCUAUUAUGGCAGUGGGGCUGCUUUAUGUUGACAGUGUUUAAAAUAGUAGAUAGUUGCAUUUUGAACCUGUUUUAAAAAUAGCAGUCUUAUCAAUAUUGUCUUCCUUCAGGAUGAAAAUUUUGCGGCUGAAGCUGGGAGGCAGCCAAUCACAUUUGAGAACCCUUUAUAUGCCACUGCUCCUGUUUCUGGUGAUGCUGCAGUCAUUCAUGCGACACAGGUAUGAACAAACUAAUGAGUUCAGGUUUUUACAUCUGUACCCUUUAGAUGUACAAUUAUAAUAAGAGGACAAAAACACCUUCUUUGAAUGUUAUUAACACACACACACACACACACACACACACACACACACACACACACACACACACACACACACACACACACACACACAAAACAGAUACAAUGAAAUGGACUUAUUUUGUAUUUCAUACUUCAAUUGUAUUUAUAUAUCAUCACAAUGCAAAAGGUAACGCGGUUUGUGACCAUGGCUUCUCAUAAAAAUACUAUUUGAACAACUCGAAUCAAAAUAAAGCCAAGAAAUCGUCUGCUAAACAAAUAACAGUUUAAUAGUUUGGAUUUCUGACGAUAAAAGAAAAAACUGGCAUCAAGUCAGAUGUUAUUAGAGAGUUUAUGAAACUGCAUGUUACAUUUGAUCAAAACCCCCUUUAAAGGGAUAUUCUGGCGUAAAAUUAAUUUAGGGUCAAAAACACUGUAACUCCGAGUUAGACACCCUGUUUAGAGAUGAAUGUUGCCGACCACUUGCUUCUCUAGUUAUAUCAACUUUAGUAACAACCGCAUGAUAGCAAUACACAGAGCCACGUGCUCAACCAAAAUGCCACUCUGUAACCACAAAUAAUGCUCAGAACAUUACCUAACUUCAUCAACAGUACAUAUAGGGUCCCAGCCAUAGUUCUAGUCAUCAAACAUCUUUUUAGCUUUGCCUGAUUUCUUUAGCAAAGACGCUAAACACAACUCACCUACUCUCUUCCGGCAGCCGCUUGUUUGUGUGGAGACCUCGGGCGAAUCCAUUGACUGCAGCAGGGUGACGCAGCUCAAGGAAGAAAAUUUAUGAUCAUUUCCUCUUGGAAUGCAAUCAGACGGAGACACUAAGGCAGAAGAACUACCAUGUCUGUAGUGCAAAAUGAUUAAUAUGAUAAUUAUUACUUCAGGGAAAUGAUAAAGAAAUGAUCAUAAAUGUUCUUCCUUGAGCUGCGUCACCCUGCUGUAGUCAAUGAAGGACUAGCCUGAGGUCUCGCUACAAACAAGCAGCUGCUGGAAGAGAGUGGGUAAGUUGUGUUUAGUCCCCUUGCUAAAGAAAUUAGGCAAAGCUAAAAAGAUGUUUGGUGGCUAGUGCUGUGGCUGGGACCCUAUAUGUACUGUUGAUGAAGUUAGGUGCUGUUCUGAGCAUUAUUUGUGGCUAUAGAGUGGCUUUUUGCUUGAGGUGUGUGCGUGGGUCCAUAGACCGCAGUGUAUUGCUGCCGUGCUGUCGUUACUAAAGUUGUAUAAAUAGAGAAGCAAGCAGUCGACAACAUUCAUCUCUCGAGGAGGCGUCUAACUUGUUGUUAUGGUGUGUUUGACCCUAACUUAAUUUUAUGCUGGAAUAUCCCUGUAAGUGAGGCAUAAAUCUGAGGCUGAUGCACCAUGAUAUAAUAACUCGCCUCUCUGCAGGUAACUGUUAAUGUGAGUGGUGACCAGUUAGAGAACAACUUUGUGAACCCGGCGUAUCGAGUUGAUCAGAGUGCAGGUGUCGUUAACACAUCCUCUGCAAGCACCAAGCAUGUGCAGGUGAGUCUCUUAUAUGUGCAUAUAAAACACAAGCAGAUGGAUCAACAUGUGAUGUGACAUGAUGCCACAUCAUUGUUUGUGUUUGUUCACAGGAGUCCAGGUGGAGCUUAUUCAAGAGGAAAUUAAAGCCAAGCACCACAUUUGAUAACCCUUCAUAUUCAGAGGUAAGUUUGAGCUCAAUCCUGACAGUGAAAAAAAACUACAUUAAAGAGGAUAUUAAACCAGCUGUAAAUAUUGCUCUGCAGAUGAAGGAUGAGAAGCCUGUCGAUGGUGGAGACCCCUCAGCCUCUGAGCCCUCUCCGUUUGUGCCCCCUGCCAAACCUCUGAAGAAAAAUCGCCCCAGCACCUAUUCACCAACGGAGGACACGUUCAAAGACACAGCCAACCUUGUGAAAGAGGAUAGCGAUGUAUAACCCCCGUCUCUCUCAGAUGUGAAAUUUAAAAAAGAAAUACGCUUUGCACAGAAUUUAUUUUUUUAUGCAGCCUGUGUACAAAAUUAAGAUUGUUGUAGGAGAGAGACACAUUUCUAUAGAAUGAAGAAAAAAGAAGUCUUGUGUGACUAUGCCUUCUGAUAUUUCUUAUGCCAAUUCUUGUGUUCAUGUUUUUCUUUAUUUUGGUGUACAAUAUGUAUAUCUUUGCACUGAAGCUGCUGAUAGAAAUGUUAAUAAAUAAGCUGUAUAUUUGUAAAUUUGAACAGGAAGAUUUUGUCAGAAAAUAUCUCUGAGAUAGAGCUUAUAACACAAUAACAGACAUAAACAAAGCUGCAUUCUGAAUGUACAGUACUUAUAUGAUCAAAAGUUAUUUAGCGGAGAUAUUUUUAUUGCCACUGAACAAAACUGAAGAUGGAUUUAUUCAUCUUUGAAGUUUAUAUACCUCAUUUCAGGGCUGGACACUGAAAACAACACAAACAAAUUGGGUUUAAACCUCUCGUGUUCAUUUUUUUAAGGAUAUCUGCUCCAGGACGAAUAGACAAGCAGGUUCAACACAAUCAUCAUUCCUACCUUAUGUACCCCAGACUUCAUGACUUCGAAUCAACAUGAUCAUUUUUAAUAAUAAUAUUGGACUCUGGCCAAACAGUUUGGAGUAAUACUUGAACGUGCCCAUGUUUGUAGCAUGGAAAUGAACUUUUAUGCCGUUGAUUAGCACCACAUGACCUGAGGAUGCAGAUGUGGACAGAUGUUUUUUAAAUUUAUAACAGGAUGAUUUAUUUUGUAUCAUAAUGAGGACAAAUUAAAACUGUAUCUGUGAUCAUCCACAAGAUGCCCGUAUGGUUUUAAAUUGCUGCUGCUGAGACAUGAAUGAAUAAAUUUCAUAUUUUGUAA